CGUUUUGCGCUUGCUCUAUGACGUUCGCAGUCGCCGCUGCUAACGAGCGCACAGCGGUCCCCCACCCAAAUAACCACUAGCCGCCUCCGGUUCGAUAUUAUCAUUAUAUUUUGUUAAUUCUCCCGAUGAACGCACACUAGUCCGGUGCAUGUACCUACCGCAAUAAGCGUUAUCGAUAUCCGUGAGUUUUGUAGUGUUCUUUAUUAUCAUUAUUUUCUUUUUACCGGUUCCGCGUUCUCGCGAGUGCACGUUUGAAAGUUUCACUCGCGUGUCGUCUUUCCAAGGGAUCGCCGCGCCAGCCCCAAAGUCCGUUCGUCGACGGUCCACUGCGUGGACCGACUCCAGAUCAGCCAAGUCAGCCAGCGCGUGAAUCAUCGUUAUCAUCGCCGAUUCCUGGGUCAUGCGUCACUGCGUGAUGUACUGCGGGAGAUGGUCUCGAUGACCGGCACAUCACCGGUGCGUCACCGUUGCGGUUAACGGCGGUCGGUGGUGCGUCGUCGAACGAAUACCUCUCGGCACGCGCGUAUAAUAGCUGCGCGCAUUAAGAUUUCAGCCCUAGCAAAAGUCGGCCGGAAAAUGGGCUGUGCCAUGUCGGCGGAGGAACGGGCCGCGCUGGCCCGGAGCAGGCAGAUCGAGAGGAACCUCAGAGAGGACGGCCUACAGGCGGCCAAAGACAUAAAACUUCUGCUGUUAGGUGAGCAAACAUCAUACUCCGCCCUAACGGCGAUGCUCCUUUCGCAGAGUAAUUUCGUCCACCGACGAACACUACGGCGUCGACGUCUUGUCGCCGGCGACGAGCGUACGUCUCUCUAUAUAAUGUCUUCUUUUGUUGUUUAUUAUUAUUUUUUUCUGUUUUUGUUUUCUCGCGCUUGAACAAUAAUGCAAAUGCACUCGGUUCCACGAUAAAACGCAUACGGUCGCAUGUACACUCACACACAGCAACGCGUGUGCCGCAUACACGCAGAAAUGUACGCACGGCUAUCUCUGACUGCACACUCGCUGUCGUGCACGAGUCUGGACGGACGAGUGAGCUAGAGAGAGAGAGAGAGUGACAGAGAGAGGAGCGGCUUUUGGCAAGGAACCCGGAGGCCGGCCGGCCGGCCGUCCGCGAUUAUUUCGGUGUUCCGAUAGAAAAGAAACCCGAAUACCCGUCUGAUACUUUUACUACGGUAUACGAUUUUCUCCUGUUUGGCGACCGUCCGAAGGCCGACCGUCAUUUUUCGCGUUAUAAAAUAAUAAGAGCGGCGCGUGUCCCGGGCCUUUGGCGGGAGAGCUUUCCUCACCCGCCCCCUCAUCCCCAUCCCCCGUUCCCCCCCCCCGUGUAGUCGAUAUGGGUGAUACCUGUGAAUAACGAGACGUCGCGCACGCCGUAGCCGAGUACGCACUUGACGUGGUUUCUCGUCACGUACCCGCCCCGCCACCGCCGUGCACGGCCCGCAGCUCCCGCGAGGGUGGCGGCUUACCGUCCCCCUGUACACCGCUCCCGGGGGAUGACGACGGCGACCAGCCGCCACCGUUGCCGCCGCCGUCGCCACCGCCGCCACCGCCUUCGGUGGCGAGGAACAAAACGACCGCUAAUAACCUAUCGUUUUCUUAUCGAGAAUAACUAUGUAAUAUCCAUGCUCGCGCGUAUGUGUAUAUGUACCUAUAUGUAUUCGUGUGUAUAUAAUAUAUAUGUAUAUGUGUAUAUAGGUGGACGGUUCCCGUCAGGAGUGGCACUCCCGUGUCGCGCGCGCGAUCCCUGCCCGCGCCCAUAGCCGACGCCGCCGCCGUUGGCCGCCCGGCGCGAGAAAUCGAUUUCACGCCGCCGCCGCCGCCGCCACCGCCGACCCUUUAGAGCGCGGCGCCCGGUAAUGGCUACGUCUGUAUACGUAUACAUAAUAUUAUGUACGCACGCACAUACAUAUUAUAUAUAUAUAUAUAUAUAUAUACGUACAUAUUUUAUGUAUUUAUAUUACUCGUGUGUGUGCGCGCGUGUGUAUAUACGGUGGAUUUUAACGUCGGGUUUUGUUCUUAAACGCUCUGGAUUUUAUUAUUUUUUUUUCUAUUAUAUUUUUUACGGGCGCGGCGGGGUGCGGGAUAGGGGAACGGCCGGGGCGGCGUCGGCGACGGGAGGAAGAGUUACGAGCGCGCGCGCGCGCGCUCGCGUGUGUGUUUGUGUGUGUGUAUAUAUAUAUAUAUACAUAUAUUUACGCCCGUUUCGAGAUUUUCGGUAUACAUACGACCGUUCUCGAAAUAACCGCGAGUUACGGCGUACGGCCGAUUUGUCGAAAUAUAUCGUAUUCGAAUAACCGUGUCUGCGUCGUCGCCGCCGCCCGCGCGUCACGUUCCCGCAUUUUUCGAUACACAACAUUAGUAUUAUUUCUAUAGCGAUGGGCUUUUCAACCCAAUGCCCCGUGGAUCGGUUAACUUGACUCGAUUCACUAUAACGUCGACCCACCGAGUCGACUCCCAAGUUCCCAGUUCAUUAACGUCCGGUUUUCAAUCGCAUUUAUUCGUCUAACCCAUUAUGUAUGUAACCGUUGUGGUAUAGGCGAUUUUGCCGGACUUCCGAGUCAGUUACCCAGUAGGUUACUCGUCGUCGUUAUAACUAAUUGACGUCUGUAUAUCGCCAAUAGUUCAAGAACUGAUAGGCCUGAAAAACUGAUAACACACAUCUGUGAUUCGUGAGUUGUAUUGAAUCAGCAGUAGCACUGAAUCAUUGAAUCGCUCAACUAUACCACACUGCACAAUCAAUCCGUUCGGUUCACCUAAGAGAGUCAACCCACUCACUACCCACCUAUGAUUAUUUCGGAUGUUUACCCGCGCGCGCGAUUGGAUCUACGACGAUUUAUCGCGAACAGGGUGUAGUCUCGAUUAGCCGCGGACCCCUCCCCCCCCCCGAACCAUAAAAAUAACUAAAUCCGAUCGACAAUUUUCCCCAUGCAUUCACCGCACUUUUUUUCGUACCACUCUCGUAUUAGACCCGAUAAAUCAAAAUAAAUACCGGCGCGGUAGCUAAAUUUUUAUCGAAUUUUUAUGUACACUGCGACCCCCCUCCCACACUGCGCGGGCGGAUAGGCCAUUUUCGGACUACCGGGUAAUUUCAAAAAAACUGCACGAAUUUACCGAUGACCUUUAUUUCGCUUUUGGUCUCCGGGUGUCAUUUAUAAUGCUAUGUUACGUCCAUUAUGGAUGAACCGAUAGUUCGGUAGUUUCCAUUCGGCCGUGUCAAUACCGAGGACCCUGUUGGAGCGGCCGACGGGAGAACUCCCGGCUUCCCGGUACGCCUGACCCGCCCGUGCCCCACAGAUUUAUACAGUAAACUCGAUUGCUCGACCGGUGUUUAGAAGCGAUGUUUCGAUCCGAGGCUCCGCGGGCCUUUUCGCGCGAUUUUAUACCGUGACCGACAACUGUUAUGUCCGUGCGAUAUUGUUAACGGUUUCGGUCAUCGCGGUGGAAAAAAAAAAAAAAUGCUCAUUCAACAGUUAUCGAACGAAAGCAUACACGGUAACUGCGAUUGAAUGACGGGGCCGUGCGGCUCCGACCAAAAGCAUUAGCGUGUACGAUCCGGCAAAACUAGUUUGUUGUGUACCGUAAAUAUUGUGCAUCUGCGACUUGGACACGGUCGCGAGUCAAAUAACAAUAUUUUCGAGCGGUUUUCUAAAACGAACUGCGACUGCCGCCCUUGUGUAAACCGACUGCAAUAUCGCUGUACGGCGUGUAACGAGUGUGACAGCUCUCUUUCUUUUUUCCGGAAUUUUCGGUGUAUAUUCGCAUUGUGCGUUGGUCCUGGGGGAGUGCUAUUACGACGGCGCGUGCAUCUCGGUUUUCGUUGUUUUACGGGAUGACCGAAAAGCGCUUUAGGGUACAACAGGUUCCGAUAUAAGUGACGUGCGUUAUCGUUUUCGUGAUUUACAGCGUAACCGCGAUUGUCUGACAAAACGAAUUGUGGAACAAAAUCGGAAACAAAACAUUCUCGGAAACGCUCCGACACCCGCUUUGCUCGUGUCGAUAAUAAUCUCGUUUUACCGAAUUCCGAGACACGUAGUGCGCUGCCGUUCACAGUGCUGUUGCAGUAUAAUCGACGGUAUCGAGAAUGACAUCAAUAUCAAAUGGGCGGAACAAAAAAUCGCUCGGUGAAAAAAAAAAACAUCAGGUCGAAAGUAUACGUAUGCGGUGCGAAGAAAUGUGGGAUUAGCGAACUUCUCGAAAUAUAUUAUUCGUGACUCUUUCUCUGCUAUUUCCAUCACCCUACGUGGACCAUUCGCGAUACAUCGCAAACGUUUGCCAUUUACCGUUAAAAGAAACAUCGCAAAUUUCUUUCUUUUUUUUUUUGUGUGUGUGUACGUGUGUUUUCCCAAAAUUUGUAGGUCUCAUUGGUUCCAAAAAGAAGAAGGGCUUAAGCAAAUUGUGUUUAGUUAUCAAUUCGGUAACAGAUUUGGUUUUGAAAAUACACGAGACCGUUUAGAACAAAAAUUAUAUUUAAAAAAAAAAAAAAAACAAAAAGCCAACAAUUUGUUCGAGUCCAUUUUCCUUGUGGCCGCAGAAGUGACCAAACACAUACAACAGUGGCGGAUCAAGACGUUACUUUUGAGAAUGGAUGGGAGGAGCAAAUUUUCCCGUUUCCCUCCCUUCUGCGGAUCCACUACAGAUGAAAAAAUAGGGGGCGGGGGAAUAAAUGCGCUGCGUUCGCAUACAGUGUCACGUCCAAUAGAAAUAUUCAAGACGUGUGUGUGUGUGUGUGUGUCGUUUAUAAUAAACUGUCAGGAAAUCUUAACAUUGUGAAACACAUCGCGGUGAUGGUGGAGCCCAGGCAGGUAAUAAUAUAUUGUUUUUUUCGGGUCUUCUGUAUAAAAUAUUUGUACGAUCAUGAUUUUUAUAUUAUAUUAUACGAUCCACGAUAGCUUCUGCGCUGUGUAAUUACGUUACACCACCACCACCACCGCCGCCGCCACCACUUGCGACCGCAUGCUCCGGCAACCGGUUGCCGUUGUUUAAGAUUUUCAUUUUUUAUACACAAUUAGUUACCUAUUAUAUUGAUUCGACCGGUCGUAUAUUAUUACAUUUAUAUACCUAACACCUAUAAUACGAUACUAUGAUAUCGUGUCAGGGAGAGAGAGAGCCGAAUUAUCAAACAAACAAUUAUUAUUAUUAUAUUCGUGUUACGGAACCGCGCGUGUUGUUUGUAUUUUUAUUACGAACCGCGUCCGAGUAAAACAGUAACCAAUUUUGGUUACCAGCCAUAAGUAUUUCCGGUGAAUUUUUUCCGCCGAAAACUUAUCCGGACCUAUAUUGUAACCUAUAUAUAGAGUAUAGGUAAGUGUAAACACCGUCGAAUUAUUACGAGACAUAUUAUUUUCGACGGUAUAUAAAUAUUAUAUGAAAAAAAAAAUUAAAAAAAUAAUAAUAACAAACAAUACAUUAAUUGUUUUAUCCUGUCUGGCGAUGAGCUUUAUUUUUAAUUAUUGAAAAUUUAUAUAAACAUAUAUAUAUAUAUAUAUAUAUAUUAAAAGUCAAUACCUAUAUAUAAACAAUAUCAAUAAUAUUUUUAAUGUUCAAUUUCAGGUGCUGGAGAAUCAGGGAAAAGUACGAUAGUCAAACAGAUGAAGUGAGUUUUGUAUCGCAUUAAUAUUUUACGUUUAAACAAUUAUAUUUUGUAACGCGCGUAUUUGAUAUAACAUAUUAAAAAAACACCCUCGAGCAGUAGAGCUCCGUUGCUGGACUCGAAUUCCUUUAGUUUUUUUUGUAUACAUAGAAAAUUCUUAACAUAACGAAAAUUAGGUAAAAUAAUCUUAUUAUACUACAGCUAUAAUAGUAUGCUAUUAUAUAUAUAUAUAAAAAAAGAUGAAAUUUGAGCAUACAAAUAGUAGGGAAGGGGGGUUAAACCACCAAAAGAUAUAUUCCUGAUACUAUAAUUACAUAUGCACACAUAACAUUUUAUCCCUUUAGCUUCAUUUAGUAGGGGUGUUUAAUGGUAAAAUACACACCUUCCUCCAGCAACAACAUAACGGUGAAAUCCGUAUUAAAAUUCAAAUCAACUUUUAUUACUUCAAUCAGCCUAUAAAACAACUUUAAUUACAGAGUUUGAGCUCGUUUUUAGUUCAGAGGGAGUCGUUAGAAAUUUUCAAAAGUAGCGGAAGAAGAAGGAAAAAUAUGAAUAUUUAUAACAUUUAUUAUUGGUCCCAAGAAAGUAAGAAGGGUUUUAAGUUAAUUUCGUGGCUUUUUUUUUUGUAAUUGUAUCUCAUAUAAUUUUUUCCCAUUAUUUUCUGAAAAUUAAAACAUCUUAAGUCAUUUAGAUUUACUUUCAAUGCAAUGACCUCAGUGAUUUACAACGCUUGCAUUUAGUAUAUUCGGAGUUUCUAAUUUUAGUUUUUACGAAAUUCGAUAUUAACUUUUGUAUGUAAAUUACAAUAGAUUGUAUCGGUUACAUAACCUUCAUAAUGUUAUAAUAUUACAGAAAUUUAAAGACUUUAAGGCGCGUCAUCAAUUGACAAUUAUUCAUAAUCAAAUUGGUUUUGAAUAUAAAAUUUAAACAAAUAUUAGAUUAUGCAAAUAAAAGUUAAAAGCCCAUGUUAUGAAAAAAAACGUAAAUAUAUUAUUUUUUUAUGUGUACUUGAAAACAAAUUAAGUUGAUGAGUAUGACCAUAAUACCUACUCGUGCGUGUAAAAUGAUUCAUUCAAGAAGAUUCAUUCACAAAAAAAAAAAAAGUAGAUCACGAAGAGAUAAUGACACGCCUAGGAUAGUCGUCGCUCAUCGUUUAUUAUAAUAUUGUUACGGCUGAUAACAAUUUUCUCGUGUGGAAAGUCGAUUCAUUAUAAGACUACGAAAAUACGAAUUUAAUAAAUAAUACUAAUUACCUAUCUAUCAUGGUGUCGAUAACUUAACAAAAAGUUCUGAUUGUAAUGAUGUUAUAAUUAUAUAAUUUUUCUCUCGUAUAUGCAUUUAUCCGACCAAAUUAUUUGUAAAUAGGUAGGAAGGUACCUAUAACUAUAAUAUAGACAUUUCAUAUGUACAAGGUGAUUAGAAGAUUUUUUUUCAGCAGUUUUAUCAUAUUAUAUAAAAUAUAGAGAAAAUGGUAUAGAAUAUAUAUUAUACCGUAUUAUUUUAUGGGAACUUAUCAUUUUUAGACUUUAUUUUUUUCGGGUGAUGGAGGAUAAUUUUAAAAUUAAACUCAGAAUUUUCAUUUCUUUUUUUGGCUAACGUUACGUAAAAUGAUUUUUUUUUUUUAACGAAUAUUAAGGGUCGAAAAUUAUAUUUUGAAGCAAUUUUCUUUACUCGAAACACUGAGAGUUUUUAAAAACCUAACAUCGCACUCAGGCAAAGAGAUUAUAGAAACAUAGAAAUAAUAUUUUUGAAUGUAUUAUACUUUUCGGUUACUAAAAUUUUAAUUUUAAAACUUAACCACAAAAUCAGACUUUUCCCCAAAGGGGCGUUUUAAAAAUGUAAGAUAUAUACCUAGUUUUUGAUUAUCACCGACUAUAUCAGUGGUUUCUAAUCUUUUUUAUUCUAGAGAUUUAAAAAAAUAUCUCACGUUUCCCCGUCCCCAUGAAUUGAAAAAAAUUGAUGAUACGAUUUUUACCUCUGCUUGCGCUUCCUCAGUAAUGCGUUCAAGCCCCUCCCUCAGAUUGGUAAUUAUUGCCUUUUAUACCUAUCAUAUUAUUAGUGCGAAUUUUCCAUUAUACAUUUUCUUGCAUUUUGUAUAACAUUUGAAUGAGAAAAUUGCUGUUACAUACAAUUCUGAUCAGCUUGUACGUAUUAAUUUGAUAAAUAAAUAAUUAUAGAUAAAUUUAAUGAAUUACAAAAAGUAUGAUACACAACUAUAUUAAGAUAUUACUAAUUAUUGAAAUUUACAUGUAAUAUAUUGCUGCAGUACAUAUAUACUGUGCAAUUGCAAUAAAACUAAAAUUAUUUUCCAACAUUGCAGUGUGGUAGGUACAUUAAUGGUAAUAUUACCGUACGAUUCAUAAAUUCAUUAUCUGUAAUAACGCCAAUGCGAAUGGGUUAUUUAACAUCAUAAUGAUAAUAUUAUUAAUAUGUAUAAAUGUUAUAUAUUGGUAAUCAGUUUUUAUUUUUUCACGGUUAUUGUAAACGUGCUCUGCAUAUCUAUAGCGAUAUUCUUAUGUCAAAUAUAGGUCGAAAAGAAAAUUUAACGUUUGGGGAAAUAUCGGGUUACUAAUAUGUGGUCGUGUAUUCAAUUUGUAUAGUUUUUGAUAUCUUGAAAAUUUCAAAAAGAGACUGUCGAUAAAAUCUCCAAGGCAGCUUGGUUGAGUUCUGAUAUUAGUUUCGAAUUUUGAGUUUAGUUUUGAAAAUCGUUUUUCGAAUACGAUAACAACGCUGUGCCAAUUUUAAAAUUAUCACUAUAUACUCUGCGAAAGGAUUAAAAAAAUACAACUGUGAUGAAGUCAAAACCGGAAUCAUUAUAUAUUAUUAUUGUUUUCUCAUUGAAUUCCGAUAGUAUAUCGUUAACCAUUUGAACUAGUCAGAUUUCGAACAAACGUCUGUAAUUUAGGUUAGAUUAACUGAGAAAAUAAAAAUAAAAAACACUCGUACAUUUAUAAAUGUAUAAUAUCUGCAAUUUUCGAUUUCGAAUAACAAUAAAUUGCAUUUUCUCGUCGUUUAUUUCAAAUAUUCGACUUUAACGAAACACAUGCCAAUACGAAUUAAUUAACUAUCGAUUCUCUGCAGUAAACAGUAAUUCGUAAUUUGUUUAGGAAUGACUAUUUAUACACAAAGCAAUUGCAAUAUAAUUACGUAGGUAUACACCUACUUAAUACUUACCUACAAGUUUAAACAAUCGUCCCAUAAAAUAUUUAAACUUUUUAAUUUUAAUUAGGUUUACGAACAAAUAGUGUAAUUGUUUGGAAUGUUACCAAACCCGAUUUGUUAAACAUUUUUGUUAAAAUCAAAGUAGGUAAUAAAAUUAACUGAAUUCCGACAUUUUAAUUACGAGAUGCAAAAAUAUUUGUUUUUCUGGUAACAAAAUAAUGGUAAUUAUUUAAGUUAUUUAUGCAUUUUUCAAAAAUGCCGUAUGAAGAUGAACAAGAAUUUUGUGAAUAAAAGAUGAAAAAUGUUUUCAAAAUUAAAUAUCCCGUUAUCGUUAUCACGCACAACGUAUAGUGAGAAAUAACGUAUCGAUUUUAUCAUGACAUGUGUUCUUAAUAAUUGAUUAAAAACGAGAAAAUGUAUGUAUUAACGUUUUCUAUUAUUUUCGAUUUUGUUUUUUUUGGUCGUAAUUCAGUUAAAAAUAAUCGAGUACUGUCAUUUCCACCGUAUACUUAUAGUAAUUAUAGUCCUCUUUCAAACGUGGUACAGUUUUCAAAUUGUUCUAACGUUAUUUUUAGCCAUGUUUAUUGUAUAUCUACAGCUAUAAUUUAAAACUUUAUGCGGAUACAAGUUUUUUAAUUUCUCAAAAACGUUCAAUAUGUUGGUAUAUUAAGGUUAUAAUCAUUAAUUGAUUUUUAUGACACUAUAAAAAUAUUGAAAUAUUGAUCGUAAUAAUCGCAGCAUUUCAAAAUAUGUUUUAAAUAUUAACACGGGUGUUAAUAUUUAUAAACUAUAUUGAAAUUGAAUUAUAUUUUUCGUGGACAAUGUUGAAGAUGCCUUUUUCGUUGAGGAAGGCAAUAAGCUGGCUAUAAAAUGUAACUAAAAUGUUAAAUACUUAUUUUUUUGUUAUCUAGUUUUGAAUAUUUUUUUUCGUAAAAUAUUAUAUUAUAUUAAACGUAUCAUAUCAUAUCAUCAUAUACAAAACGCAUUAUUGAUUUGUUAUUACUUGCGAUUAUUGCAUUUAAUUCUGGUUAAAUUUCAAUAAUUUAUUCUACGGGUUACGGUGCAACCUAUACUAUACUUAGAUAAUUUUUUUCCUAUAUUAAAUGUUAUGCUUGUUAUCAUUGUACUUCUGAUUUAUUUUUUCUCUAAACCUAAUGAAUUAUAAGAUUCCGGGAUAAACUAUAUAACUUUAUUAUAUAAUGAUAAAUGUUUAAGAAUAUAUAUAUAUGUGUAUAUUUUUUUUGUUCCUAGUAAAUUUACUGUAAAGUAUAAUAUAGAUCUUAUGUACAAAAGCUGUGAUCCGUCCGUCUAUAUGUGCAAUACUCAAGGUACCCCCCCCCCCAAACAAUUGUUAAAUUCAAUUCGAAGUAGUUACAGGUGCCUAAUUAUUGAAAUUCAUUACGUAUAACUAUACGAAAGUUCUCAGGGUGAAAUUUUUUUUUUUUUUUUUUUUUUACGUUGAUAACUAGAAAAUAUUUUUAUGUAGAUAUUGGUAGGCACUUAAAUUCGUUUUAACAAUAAUCGUCGUUGUUGUUUCUAUCGUUUUAUACUCGUAUUUCAAUGAACUAUGGCACGAAUCAACAUAAACUGGCUAAACUUCUAUCGAUGCGUUUUUAAAAUUAAAAAAAUAAUAAUAAUAAUACAAAACUUAUAAGGUAGGUACUUAUAACUAUUGUAAAACAUAUAUUAUUAAUAAAUAUAAAUACGAAAUAAAACGUACUCCUAUUUAGUAUUGGUUUCAUUUGUCUUUAUAUGUACGACUGGUUUUAAUUUUGAAAAUCGAAAAAAUAAAACGUGAUUGAAUAGGUAUGUCUACGCUUAAAACGAGGGAUACAUAAAAUACUCGUGAUUACCAUGUUAAAAUAAAAAUUUUGUCGAAUAAGAUACUUUUUAAAACGGGACGGGUAAAUAUACAAAAUAAGUAUAAAAAAAACUAAUACAUCCACUUAGAUUAAAUUUUAUACCGGUCAUAUUAUACUAUAUUUUUCUUCUAUAUUCUCAUUUUUAUAUUCUAAGUGCAGCGAAAAAUGUAUUGAAGUAUAUAUUUAUAAUUUAUGAAUAUUAACAUUAUCGGCAUUUCAACUUUCAACCACCGCUUGUAUGCUCAAAUGUCAAUAUACCUAUAUUAUAGUACUUGAAGCGCACAGUGAACUUCUAGCGUUGUACAUGGGUUAUAUUCGGUUAUUAUUUUACAAAGAAUUGUAUUUCUAUAUAAUAUACGAAAUAGGGACGGUGCGGGAAAUUCGACUAUAAUAUAUACAUAAAUACACAAAGGAAACGAAAAACCGACCUUCCCGAUGAUACACCGACUAGAUCGAAAAUGCUACACGAGAGACUACGUUUCUGUACGUUUUUUUGAUUGGCGCCAGAUAUCCGGUAAAAAAGUAGUUUACGAUCACAAAAAUUAAAAAAAAAACACCGUCGUUCGCUCGUAAUGUAAAAUGCUAAAAUUCUCCUGCCCUCUCCCAAAAAAUUACAACAACCGACGACCCAAAGGUCCAUCACACACACACACACACAUACACACAUAGGUAUAUGUAUAUAUAGAUACGACAAGACCGACCACGCCCCGGUAUUAAAAGCAACGACGUUAAUGUGUACCACAAAACAAGGUUUGAUGACUCCUCGGCGGCGGUGGUGGCGUCGCUGGAUCGAUACUCCCACGCGGUCCCGUCACGCCGGGCACGCGAACGCACCGCCGCCGCCUCCGCCGCUCCGUACACCGCCGACCCGUUAUCAAUGACCGUCGGUCCGGCUAUACCGUAACCAUAAUAUCCCGGUGCACGAAAUAAAACCGGGUCGCUGGUUGUACGCGGGUUGGACUGCCUUAUGAUAACGGCCCGGGAAUUAUUUUCGUUCCGCCGGCCUCGGUAGUUAAACGGCGGCUUAUCAUUACUUUCCGUUGCCAGUUCUUUUCCCCGAAAGUGUUACUCACUGAUUAUGGCCGACCGAUAGUCUACGUCAUCCUACUGCAGCCUUUGACAGCAUAUCGCGGGUCCCUAAAAAAAUCUAAUGCGGUCCCUGACGGCGUAUUAAAGGCGCCUCGACAGCAGCCCCUGUCAGCUUAUUAUUUCCAGCACUUAGAACUCACUAUUUUACAGCUUAACGGAACACCUAAAUCAUAUCUUGUGUUGCACGAGACUCGUUAAGUAACCCAUUCCGGUUAUUCGGUGACCCCACCUGACCUGAUCAGAUUCGUCUGACUCAUUUUUAUCGCGGCCUUCCGAGAGAUUUCCCCGUAUCCCGGUGGUGUAGUCCAACCCUGUGUCCCAGUCAGGUCGUGUGUCAUGUCGUGGGCUUUUUUUUGUAUUCUAAUCGACCGUUAUCAUCUCGGCAAAGUUCAGUAACCAUAUUAGACUUACCUAGAAAUUUCCAGAAUUAAAGGGUGGCUACAACUGUAUUGUUAUACAAUCGAUUUUUAAAUUAAUAUUAGGCAAUUGCCAUUAUUAUUUCUCUUUGUACGGGUAUAUGUAUACACACUUAUUGUGUACCUAUUAAAUAUUAAUUAUAGUAGGCAUCGUAUUAUAGACCAUAGAGCUCAAAGCCUUUUGACCGACAUAUAAUCGAUCGAUUAUUUAUUUCGUGAAUAUUAAAACGUGGUAAAAAAAAAAAAAAAAAAAAUAUGUGUAAUAAUCUUUAAUGGAAAUAUUUUAUAACCAUAAUGGCAUACUGUGUUACCUGGAUUGGCUAGAUAACAUUAUAACGGAUGGCUUUAAAACACAGGGGAAUAAUUCCGGAAAUGUUGGGGAACAUUAUUUGCAUGGAAUGGUAUAGACCAACGUUUCCCGGUUAAACACGCGGCUUGCAAACUCGAGUGCGAACUCACGUCGUAUUUUUUAUCGGAAAUUAACCAACAAGGCGAUUUGAAACCGCUUUAAUUAACGAAGUAACAUAAAUACUUUAGAAACCAAUGAUCAUUAAUGUUUUACCGAUUAUCACUGUGUGUUAUCAGUUUGCGUUUUAUUCGGCCCUUAAUGCAUUUUCGGAAAGACUGCCAAUAUCAGUCGUACCGUUAUUAUAUUGAACCACGAAAAACAACGUACACGGUACGGUAACAGUGGAAUUAUCCCGAUGCUAUAAUUCAUAUUUAAUGCGUUGUGUAAAACAUUAUAAUAACAAUUACCUAUUAUUAAUUUAAAAAUGUAUUUUAUAAUAAUUCAAUUAUGCCCAGUUAACAUUAUAAUAGUGUCAAUGUGUUGGUAAUAGUAUUUAGCGAACUAGCGAUAUGGGUAACCGCUAUAAACAUAGUUUGUCGAUCGAGUUGAAAUAUUGUCGACUUUAUUGACAACUGCCGGUGCAUUAUGAUGGUUGAAAACAUAAACUGGCCAAUCGGGGAACGCCAUUUUAUACGAUCAACACAAAAAAACGCGGAAUUGGGACUACAGGCAAAUUUCAACUGUUCUCUCGUUUCUGUUCCAAUGGUCAGUUAUUUUUUUAGCGUUAUCAGCGCAUUUAUCUAUGGAUACGACACGUAACCCGUAUCGUUAGAAUUCUGCAUUCAAGGUGCCUUCACACUAUAUCGAAUCAUCCAAAACGGAGCGUCGUGUUAAUGUCGUCUGCUAAACACAUGAUCCCGCGGUUUAGUUGCUUGAACCUGGUUUCUGGUGGUUUAGUCAUUUUUAAUUUUUUUGUUUUUAUUUGGUUUUAAUGUAAAUCCAAUUUAUUUUGCUUCUCAAAAAUGCUUGAAAAUUAGAUACGAGGUUCAUCUAAUAAAUUAGUUUUAUAAUACUAUAAAAUUACCUAUAAAUCGAAAAUCUGUAGUAGAAAUUUUUUUUUUUUUUUUUUAUAGAUAAUUAAAGUUCAAAUUUUGAUGAAAAUCGUAAAAAUCACGGAAUUUCGUUAACUAUUUUUCGUUUUAUGUCUAUAUGAAUACAAUUUUUUUGCUCUAUGAAAAUACGGACAAUUUCAACUAUUGAUGUAGAUAUCAAAAAAUUAUUAUUUAUUAAUUAUUAAUAUAAUUUCAAAUUGACGUGGUUUUACCAUUUUACCCUGUGCUUUAUCUAAUCGACUGUUGUACUAAUAACCCGUUGUGGUUUAACAUCAACUAUAGGUAUUUAGUUUUUUAGGCUUACCCUUAAAACAUCGACUUCUUUGGAGCAGUAUCAGGUUUAAUGUUUUAAUUUUUGAGGCGGACUUAUAUAGUUAGGUUUUCGUACCGUACUAUUAAUCCGAGACAUUUUCCCUAUUGAAAUUGUGAAUUAAUACACUUGUUAGGUAUUUGUUGAUAUAUGAUGCAUAGCGGGUGUAGCAUAACGGACCAUACGGGUUUUAUUUCGUGUGCGAAGUGAUUAUAAUUAUUAUGCGGACCGUCUUCGAAACGUGUGGCUUUUUCCCGAAAAACUCGUAUAGGAAUCUCGACGACGACUGCAGCUAGUGUACGUUGUAUAUUUUUAGAUGCCGGAAACAACACUCAUUAUAUUGGAAUAUAUUGGAUUUAUAUUGUAACGCGCCAUAUGUUUCUUUGAUGAAUCGACAUUAAAAUAAUAUUAAGUACCUACCUAUAUAGAGUACAGAAAUGUUGAGUGAAAAUACAUCUACUCGUAUAUCGAAUCGAUUUUACGAUCACCAAUAUUUAUAUAUAUAUAUAGACAUAUACAUCAUCGGAAUUCCUGCACAUGAUCGGACGAGCAUAUAGUUUUAGAUAUUUUUUUUCAUUUCGAAAAAAAAAAAUGUAAUUAAAAAAUUCGAUAAAUUAAACAAAAAAACAUUUUUUGUAAAAUUGUGAUACGUUUCGGAUUUUUUGUGUCCUUGGAAAUUUCAAAAAAUAUGUCAUGUUGUGUCCACUGCAGUUACCGAUUAGUAUAUUUAUUGUGUUUUGCGUAAUAACCUUUGCGUCAGAAAAAAGGUGCGUGCAAUUCAUAAUUUGAUUCAAGUGUUGGGCAAGUGAUUGAAAUGGUUUCAAAGCCCUUUUGAUCGUUCUAGAAUCUAGAUCAAGUAUUUGCUCUUGUUAUCAUUACUGUCACGUUUAUAAUAACAAUUUAAAAAACCAUGCAGAUUUUAAAUAGAAAAAAUGAAUCUCUAAGCCAUUUUUCCCUGGCGCCAAAGUUUAUAGAUUGCGCUUUAUAAAUCUGAGUAAUAAAAAUAACGCGAUUAUUAUUUUUUAUCUUUAUAUGUAUACAAUAAUAAUAUUAAUUAGUUUGAUACGGUUUAUUUAAGGUAAUUUUCUUCAUCGAAUAUUGAUUGUAAAGCACGUGUUCACAGCAGAUAAAAAACGAUUUCUUCAUAUACCUAUAUAUUGCCGUCGAAUUCAUCGAAAUUUAUUUACUAUUUUUUUUAAUUUCCGGAUAUGCAAUAGUUGAAUAAUAACGAUUAUUAUAUACAUCGUGUGUUUUGGUUAAUAACUAAAAUGUAUUUUUAGAUGAUUUUUAAAGUACCAUGCUAUAGAUAAUAUCGAGGACACCAAAAAUCUUUCUCCGAUCAAAAAUUGUAUAGGCAAUUUGUUGUAGAAUUUUAAAUUUAUUUGGUGCAUUGGGAGGUCGAAUGUAUAGUUUGCUUAAUAAAUGGGAAAAAUUGGACAUUUUUGUAGAUUUUUUUGGAAAAAUAACAACAAGGAAAAAAUACACUCUGCUCAGAAUCGCUUUUCGUUAACAAUGGUUUAUAGUUACAUGGUAUUACACAUGAUAUUUAUACACAUACUACCUUCCCAACAUUGGUGAGAAUAACAAUAGCACGUCCAUCAGCGGUAUGAGCUCUUUUUUUUGUUCUCAUCUGGGAACCAAACAUAUAAUGACAUUUUUUAAUAAUGACAGAAAAACUACAUUAUAAUGAUUGAAAUAUUUCACCGACGCAGUGUAUUGAUUUUUUGCAUUGAACAAAAAUUAUAUUUAGUGUGUUAAAAAAAUAACACUGAACAUGUUCGAGUUUAAACGGAAGGAAAUUCCGAAAAUAUGCAAAAUAUAAUACAAAAUCCAUAGGUUGGGAAAACAUUUCGGUGUACAAACUAUAGUUAUUAUUAUUUUUUUUUUUUUAUUGCAACUAAAAUAAAAAAUAAACGGACAUACUUUGCACGAUGGGUGGACUACUGUUACAAAGUUGAGAGGGUAGAGGGGAAAUUUAAUAUAUAUCUGGACGCAAAAAAUUAAUUAUUGCUAAUGAAAAACGAUUCUGAGCGGAGUUCGGUCAUACAUGUUUUAAAAGGCCGUAAUACUAACGAUUUGAAAAUAAUACGUUUCGUAAAUUUUCCAGUUUUUUCCAGGUUUUUUUUAUUUAUUAUGACCUCCUAAAGUAUCACCCCAGUCAGAUUUCUCUUCAGAAAAAGUGCGCUACACUUGCAGAAAGUCGGAGUAAAAUUGCUGGUAGAAAAGUUGUUCGCUGAAAAAAAAAUAAACAUCUCUAUAAAACCAACACGUUUCUCGCUCCGCUCAGAAUCUAAAAUCAUUAGUAGAUUUCUGUAUUCUUUAAGGCACCAUAAAUAUAUAUACGCCCUAACCGUUGUGCCAAUGUAAAAUAAUAUGGAUGUAUGAUUGAAAAAUACGAUCCGGUUAAUUUCAAUCGUUUUUGAAAUGAAAUAUGUUAUACAUUUAUCUCAUACAUGACGGCUAGCGCAUUACUGCGGUAUUAAACAUUUUUAUACCCAUUCAAAAGUGGAAUUGUAUAUACAGAGCCGGUAUAGUGUGCGUUUAUAGUUUCUCUAUCUAUACCUAUAUACGAUGUGUAUAAAAAAAAAAAAUUCAUCAAAAAACUUAAGAAUAUAAUAUGUGUUUAAUAUUUAUUUUAUUCCGAGUCGGCGACUAAGUAUAGAGUACAAUAAUAAAUUGCCGUCCGUAUACACAUAUGAGACAAAAACACUAAACGUUAUUGGUCCGGAUUAAAUUAAACUCGUACAAUGUUAAUAAUAUUAUUAUUUUAUUAUAGGUAAACGUACGAGUAUAUCUCGUAGAUCACAUAAUCAAGUAUAUUCAAGUGCUAUAAGUUUUUUUUUCUGUUUUACUUUUAAAAUAUUCGCUGUGCGUUAUUAUAAUGAUUUGAAUAUGUUAUUUUUUUUAUAUAUAUUUUUGUUUCUCUCUCCCCCUGCCUCUUAAAAAGAAAAAAAAUGUUUAUUAAUGAUUAUUAUUUUAUUUAAUUGGUUUAAUUUUAAUUUUUCAGAAUUAUACACGAGAGCGGUUUUACAUCAGAAGACUUUAAACAAUAUAGGCCGGUGGUGUUCAGCAACACGGUCCAAUCGCUGGUCGCCAUAUUGAGAGCGAUGCCAAAUCUGGGAAUUGGAUUCGGUACCAACGAACGGGAGGUAAGAAAAGCAAGUAUUCUCUUUUUAAAUGACUACUUAGUACGAUCUAAAUAGAAUAUAUACACAACAAUGCGUUUCUCGGUGUUUUUUUUUUCGGUACUCAAAUAGCUUUUAUAAGCAAUCGUGGCGGGUAUUAACUAUACAGUUAACUAUAUAGUUAACGUUUAAUUUUUUUAAAACGUUUUUUCGACUUUGAUAUUAGUUAAUUAUUUUUAUCUUUAUUUAUAUAAUUCAGCUUUUUAUUUUGGUGCCUACCAAGUUUAUUUCCGUAAUCAUCAAACGAAUGAUUGAGUCUGGUUUUUUUUUUCAGUAAUAUUAUGUAGGUUAAAUAUAGUUUCGUCUAGAUUUUCCAUGUGAAAAACGUCGAAUUUGUUCGUAAAAACGGUGGUACUCUUUCCCUUGAAAUGCGUGGGUAUCGCGGGCAGUAGAUUAGUAGGAAAAUCGUAUUAUUAAGGUGGUCAUUAGAAUGUAAACAAUUUAAAAUUUUACAAAAUCGGAGAAAACUGUGAAAACCAUCAAAAUCUACUUUAGUAUAAUAAUUACCAGAUUUAUUUUUUUUUCAAACAUUCUCUCCUCAUAGUCAAUUCUUUGAUUAGUUUGCUACAUCAGUCUCCAAGAAAUAAUCCUUAUCCACGUAUACCAUGAUAUUUUGUUCUAUGUAUCUACUCUAUUCCAUGUGCUGUUGCCUUCCUCUUAGGAUAUCACCUUCUACAGUAAUGCAUUUCGUAACGUAUAGUAGAUGCCCUGUUAUUUUAUCAUUUCUGAAUAUUAUGUACGGCGCCAAAAUUAUCGUUUUUCCUUUGUUGUGCAGUUACAGUGAUUCUGUUUUAUUUUUCGAUGCAUUUGUCGAUAAAAUCACAUCGAACAUUAGUCAAUCAAUAAUAUUAUGUUAUCACAAAUAUAGAAUAGGUAUCAUAUGUACCUAAAGUGCUCUCUAUAAACGGUUUUCGUUAUUCCGUAGAGUCCGUUCCAUACAGAAUGUACAGUUUAUUAUAACAUCAUAAUACGCACGCAUAAUAAAAUGAUCGACGUUUUCCAUCAGUACCGUCGUAAACCACUCGACGACGACGACGGUGUGCAGUCGUCAGACAAUGUGUUAUUAUCCUUUUCUAAUCCCGUCGUUAUCUUUCAUUAUCAACGGCCGUGGUUUCAAGUAUAUAUUAUAAUAUUGUACAUACAACCGUCGUUACUCGACGAAUUAAAAAAAUACACGUAUACUACGGUUUAUUUCAUAGUAGGUACCCAUCGCAGAACAAUAAUAAUAUUGUGUACAGUGAAAUAUGUAAGGUUUGCGUAAUAUUCAAAAUGUUCGUUUUAACGAUUUAUUUUCGAGUUCCCGCCCCGAACACGUGUACAAUAAUAUUGUAUGUAUAUGAUGAGGAAAAAAUGUAAUAUUAAGAGGAUUUUGUAUCGAGCAUACGCUGUCUUCGUUUUACAAACGUGCGGCAUAGCAAAUUAGCGUUCAGCAGAGACGACUUUGUGCUGUUAUUUUUUUAUAUUGUGUUGUGAAAUAAUCUAUUAAUGAACUAAUUAUUUAUUAGAACAUUAUCUGUGCAACUGCGUCGGUUUUCAAGCGAAAUACAGGCAUUUUUAAGUAGCGAUAUUUCGAAUACUAUCAUAUCUCGCUUAAAAAUUUAAAUACCGGAUAAAAAAAGCCCGUUUGGUUGCACAGGUAAUGUUCCGAUCUUUAAAUCUGAUAAUAGAUCAAUAUUCAUCCUAAUAUUAGGACUAAAAUGCACAAAGUUGUCCCUGCUGAACGCUAAUUUGCUAUGCCACGCAUUGUUCAAGCAAUUACUUUCAUUCGACUCGAACGUAAGCUAUAUAUAGUAUAUCAACUAUACACCAGUUCCGAGAAUAUUAACAAAAAAUAAAAAAAAAAAACACAGUCUAAUAUACCAAGUUUAAUAAUAUUAAUAAUAGUCAAAAAAAAAAAAAAUAUGCAUAAUACACAUAUAUUAUUAGGGGUAGAUACGAGCUUUUGUAUAACAUUAUUAUUAUAGUUGUGUCGUAACACGCGAUCGUCGUCCGUCGUAUAGGGCCGCACGCAAAUAUAUACACAGGGAAAAAAAGUUACGUUUAUAAUAAUUUACCUACCUAAUUUAUUACUCUACCCUACCGGCGGUGGUAUAUUAUUAAGAUAGGUAAAUUAUUAUUAUUAUGGUGGCGCCGCAAUAUCGUAAACCGUCAACUGUACUGCAUACCUAGGUUCUAGGUGGUUUAUAAUAUUAUAGUUUUAAGUUCAAUGACACUUUGUUUAUCCGAAAAUGUGUUUUUUUUUUUUUUUAAUUUUUGUAUUAUACGUAUAUUGAUUUCACACUCUGUUGAUCUAUAGUAUAUUGUUCUGUAAUUUGAGAAUUUCCGUUGGUAGGGUGGCGUCACCAUCUAUUAAGGCCACAUUAGGAUUUUUUUCACACACGUUUUAUCUCUGCUAUUUUGUCCACAGUUAUCGAAAUCAAUUGAAAAUGUAACCGUGUAUAUUCUACAAUUGGCCCAAUGCUUGGUUAAUAUUUCAUAGCCGUAAGAGAAAUACUGUAUCAGAUAUAAUUUUUAUUUUUUUUAAAUUUCAUUUUCACUUUCUAUGGACAUCCUAUGCUAUCUAUGUGUUUGUAAUAAUUGAUACGACCCAGUAAAUCAAUUAACGUAGAUAAAUACAAUAAUAAUCAUAUUGUGGAAUAUCAAAUUACAAAAUUAUACUUUUUACGAAUAAAAUACUAAUGAGUGGUCAUAGCAAGGAUACUGGCCAUAGGUGAUGACUCAACCCUACCUAGUUUUUUUUUUCUCUGUAUGACAUACAUUGCAGAUUUCAAAAUGUUAUGUCAAAUGCUGCGGUAGAUGGAGGCCGGAAAUAGGGUUUUCUAUCCGACUACACCGGUGUACACUUUUUGCUUAGUACCACCUAUCAUCACCCGCAGUGCAGUAGUUAACGCAAAUUUCAUACGACUACAAUUUUAUAAGAUAAGGUAUUGAGAUUAAGAUAGCGGUAUCAAGAUGGGGUAGCGAGUUUAUUUUUUUUAUUCUGGAACAACCGCUACAGACCGCUGUAGUUACAUAAUCCCCUAAUCAUUUUUCGGAAAACUAGAUACUAUACCCUUAAGUAUAAUGUACAGUAGAUUUGUGGCGAUAAAAAUCGCAAAAAUAAUACAUUUUUGACUAUGGAUGGUGUUACAGAGUGUGUUAAUUCGAAAAUAAACAAACUAUGAAUCAAUUUUAAUAUAGCUACGAGCUUAUAUUGAUGUUCAAAUUUGCUCAGGUGUGCUAAAGUUUUAUACUGUGUGUAAUGUAACUUUUUGUUAAGAACGCCCACGAUUUCCUAUAUUUUUAUUAUAUUUUGUUUUACGGUUUUUAUUACGUGACAUAAAUCACACAGAACCAGGAUGCUGCAGUAUUCGUUUAAAUAACAAAUUAAAAUUAUUUAAAAUGUCGAACUGUUGGUAGUGUAAUGUAUAUUUAUACAAAUAUAAGAUUUUGUUUGCGCAUCAAAUGAGAUGGCUUGCAGUGUAGUAUUUAAUGGAAUUCGAUUUUUUUUUCUUUAACAAAUACGAUUAAAUAUAAUAUUAGGUUUUUUGCAUUUCGUUAUACAUUAAAUAAACAAGGAUAAUUUUUGAUUGAAUUUCGAGUCGUUCAACAACAACAAAAAACAAAUAAAAUAAAACCUAUAGCCGGACAACAAUAUUGCACUCGAAUUGAGAAAAACCGUAAAUUAUAAUACGACAGGGAUGAAACUCGAGGAAAACGAAAAUCCUCUGUCCGGGUUAAAAAAAAAUCACGGCACCUUUGGCAAGUACCUAUUUUUCCGAGAAAAAAAACCGAGUAGAGCUAGAGUGAGACGCGGCGGAUUCCUUAUAAUUCGAGCACGGAUAUUUAUCGUGUCCUGCGGUCAAAGUUUUCCCACCGGAAAAACGACGAGUACCGGGACAUUUUAUAAUAUUAUUGUUUUGUGCAUCACCCACGCGUUGUAAUAUUGUAAUGCGGCGAAUUAAUAAAUUUGACCUACGGUCGGCCCGCCGUCGCCGGUAGCAAUCUCGGAAAUGAACUGAAUUGGGCGCGCGCACAAUAUUAUCGUGCGGUGGCCGUGGGGGAGCCCGACAGGGUCCCCGACAACGCACAAUGUCCUAGUUUUUUUUUUUUUUUUUACCGUACUAAAUUCGUCACGCAAUCGGAAAGCACGAGUAUUAUUUUUUAUAAUAUUGUCGUUGCGGUAAUCCCGCUAUAUAAUAUAGGUAUAAUAUUAUGCGGGUCGAAACGGUCAUACUCAUAUUAUAUAAUAAUGUAGCAAGUAGUUAGUUUAUAUAUUGUAGUGCACCAUAUUGUAAUUUUGUUUGUUUUUAAAUUAUGAAAAUUUCAAUUAUUUCCAUACGAACCGUCUCGACAUUCCCGCCAAUAAAUUAUAUACCUGCAUUUGUAGGUAUAAAAUUUAUAUGUAGGCAUAUACUGACGAUAAAAGAUUAAACAAUAUUUGAAAAUAAAAACAACGUUGUACGUAUACAAGUUUCGAUUUUGAUCGAAUAAUAAUCAUAAAAAAACUAGCGCUUUUAUUUAACACUGCUCACGGGUAGGCCACUGUUGUAGGUGGACAACAUUGGGAAUAGAUAUUGAAAUAUACAGGAUAAUUUAGUUUGUAAUAUGGUGUAAACAUAUAAUUUAUACAGAUACGGGUAUUUAAAUACAACGAUAAAUUAAAUCUAUUCUGAGCGGAGUACUACUCAUGAUUUUACCUUGUUUUCAAGGUAACUAAGAAAUCGUCAAUAAUCGAAUAAGGGUCUUUAGGGAGUUAACUGUUGAACAUUUUUAAAAUGUUUUAAAUAAACUAUCACCGGGCAAAAAUCCAGCAUUUUUUAAUGCAUGUCCUGAAAAAAUAUCAAAUCAUUUUUACUAAUCGUAAAAAUGUUCUGCGCAUGGAAAAAAAAAACCACGUCUUUGUAAGACUAAUAGCUUCUUCGCUAUACUCAAAAUCUAAAAAAAAAAACAAAACAAAACAUAAAUACUCUCUGAAACGCUCGUUCAACUAUAGCAUAUUCAAUACUAUAAUAAUAUUUAGUAAAUUCAAAGCUAUAGGUAACUAUCUAAUGUUCUUCGAUUCGUAUUUUUAGAAAUAUAUUGAAAUUAUUGUAAUAUUUAUAUAAUACCUAUGCUGUAUUAUACUAUGGUUUUUUUUCUUUUAUUUUAUGGAUACACUAUUACGGUUAUAAUAAUAAUAUGUCAGCUUGCCGAGAAGAUUGUUCUGCAGUCUGGUUGAGCGAUAACGAAUUUGCAUAGUUUGUGCAACAGUAACAAUAAAAAAAUAUCACACGGACACCACAGCGGUGUUGCAGGAGAUGACGUCACACGACUGUGGUGGCAUAAGGGCUUUAAACUAUAUACGCGCAUUCAUACAAAGUAUAAUAAUAUUAAAGCGUCGAUUAUUCUUACUUAUAUACUCGUAUUAUUAGUAUUAAUAUGAAAAUUGUAAAAAAAGCGAUAUUAUUUUAUUUUACUUUCGGCUAUGUUGUAAAACAUUUUUUCGUGUUUGUUUUUUUUUUUGAUCAAAUGAUCAAAUCUAAACAUAUGACUAAUUUCAAACAACAGAGUACAAUUUCAGUCGAAUAAUUAAUAAUUGAUGACCUCACAAAUUCAUAAACUGCACCUAUAUUUUAAUUUCCAUAUUUAUAUAUAUAUUUUUGAACUAGUAAUUUGAUAUAACACAAUAAAUUUGAAUACAUUUUACGUUUAAAACAAGUAAAAAUUUAAACGGAAUUGAACUUAUUUACACAAAUCGAUUUUAACGAAAAUUAGUAUUAUACUUGCGUAUGCUGGAAUACUUUGAGAGUUUUCGUCGUUAGCAUCAUACAAUCAGUUUAGAAAAAAUAAUUAAAUUUCGACUGUUAUUAAAAUUAAAAUAAAAAGAGCUGGUUUUACUGAUGAAAGAGGUAUUGUUGUUUAAGUUGAAAAAGUAGAAUAUAUAGAUUAAUUUAAAAUUAAAUUUUUUAAGCAACUAUUUAUGGAUCAUUGUAAACGAAAUACGAUUCUGAGUGAGUUUAUCGGUUAAAUGUGUUUUGAAGUGUCGUCAAAAUUUUAACUUUAAAUGUUCAUAAAAAAUAAUGUAUACAUAAGGCUCUAUUCAUUUUUUUUUUUAUUUUUUUCUACAACUUAUGAGUGAAUUUGUGUUAAAUUUCCAAGUAUUUUGGCUGGAUCAAACAAAUUGUAUUUACAUAAAAGCUGGCCAAUUUAAAAUGACUAUUAAUAGCACAAAAAUCGCCAGAAUGUUUUGAACAUUUUACCAUAUCUAGAAAAGGGUUAAUAAAAGUAUUCCGUAGAUACAUUUGUUUUUCGGAAAGAUGAUCGGAGCAAGAUUUUAUGUAAAGAAAAUGGUUUACAGGCAUAAAAAAUAUAUAUCGUCAAAGUAAAACUGAUACAUUACUCCCUACGCUCAGAAUCCAAUACCUUUAGGUAAAUUAUUAUAAAUUGUAAAUUAAAUGAAUUAUAGGCAUUAAAUCAGAUUUCUUUUAUUUAUUAUUAUAAUUACAAGCAAUGAGAUUGAUUGUUUUUUAUUAUUUAUUUUAUUAAAAAAACAAAAAUUGUUUUAUUUCAUAAUAAUUUAUCAUUUUGUUUUUUGAGUUGCAUUAUUUGUUCGUAUUAAAAUAAUAUUUAUCAGUUAAAUUAUAAAGGUAUAUACGAGUGUAUAAUAAAAUACCUAACGCGUUUUAAAAAAUGACUAUACAAUGAAAUAUUUAUUUUACGAUUAAAUUAUGGGGAACAAAAAGCCAAUGUUGUAUUGUCAAAGUCGAUGGAUAUUAUUAUAAAGGAAUAGUUUAUUUAAAAUUAUAUAACUUUAUCAAAUUACAAUAAAUAAUACAAAAAUAACAAAAUUUAAAAUUCCUGUGAAAUAUUAAAUUACUAUAUCUACUUUAAAAAUAUUAUACUUAAUUUAAUCUGAUCGUAUAGUAUUGUACUUUCAAAAAAUAAAAUAUUAGGUAUAUAAAAAGUUUGUAAAAAAUAAAAAAAAUGCUUAUUAUAUUUUUGGAUUUCACAUCACUUAUACAUAUCAUACCAACGAGUACUUUUCGCUAGCAGUUUUGUGAAUUAAAUUUUUAGUUUUCUAUACGGAUCGGUCGACGACGUUGAAAAUAAAAUACCAUUCGUAGCACUAGAUUAUAACAGACAGUUAAAAAUUCCCCCACAAAAGUGCCGAAGAAAUAAAAAUCCCAGGAAAAAAAUUUUAAAAAAAAUAAUCACGUCAACGUUGUUUAUUUGUUCUUCGGUAUUAUUAAGUUUACUUUUUUUAACAUUUUUGUUUUUUUAUUAAUAUUCAAUAUAGUAUUUAUAGUAUAACUCAUAUUAAAAUGCGUCAAAAUACGAAACUGACAAUUCUAAGUUUAUAAUAAGAUAAGUCGUAAUAGUAUGAUGUUGUUAGGCAUCUACGAAAUACUGUUAAAAGAAAUGAAAACUGAUUUUAUAAUUAAAUUGAUCGUAGUCAGUGUAUAAAUUAAAUUAUAAAUAAUUAUAUUAGUAAUUUAUCCUUAUAGAAGUGCAGUUGUAGAGGGUUCUAUAUAUAGAUUAUAAAAACAUUUUUCGAGUAAUACUAUCCGACCGGAGGGAAGAAAAUACGAUAUUUCGGGUUUAUGUUAAUUAGGUAUACAUUAUUAAUAUUAAAAUUAAUGUUACGAUAUUUACAUAACAAAAAUAUAGUUAAUUUUCUAUAUGUGUGUUUUGCUAAUUUAAUUUUUCGUAUAUAUGAAUUUUUAAAUAGUACUUACUACUAUACUUUUGAUUAUAAUGUUCUGGAUGGAAACGAAAAUGUUUUUCGACGCGAGCGUUUAAAGUUCGUUAUAAUAUUUGUUUUUUCUGAAAUAUAUUACAGUAUUACUCGUAUAUCCGUCAUACAUGACGGGUUAUAACCAUUGUUUAAAUUUUUAAAAUGGCUAGUCCUAAAUCCAAAUGCUGCAAGUCUUGAUUGCGAAAACUUUUUUACGUAUGCAUUUUAACAAAACCAAACUUUUUAAUCAAAAUUAUUUUCGUUGUUGACAUUGAAAGGUUCAAAUAGAAACAAUCUAAACUUCCCGUUUAAAAACUGCGCACGGAUUUAUAUGUAGACUGAUAUUUAAAUAAUAUUGAAUUAUUUAAGAUCAACUUACAAUGCAGCGAAACUUCCAUUGUAAUGGAGUCUCAUGGAAAACAAACAAAAUUAGUAACAUAUAGAAAAAUUCGUUAAAAUCACAUAAUUUGUUUCUUUAUUUUUUAUUUAAUAAUUUUCUGUACUCAUACAUAGGCGAACCAGAGGCAUUUUAUUCCGGAACAUCAGCAUUCUCGCUACAGAUAACUUUGAACAUAAUAUUAAUAUGUUAUAUCUAUCGAUUUAAAGUUAUUGAACCAUCGUCCAAAGAUAGCACAAAAAUCUAAAAAAACAAAUUUCUGAGCAGAAUAAAUUACCUUUUCUUUGAUUAACGUACCUAAUAUUGGCAGAUUAGUAAGAACCUUAAUGAAAAUAGACGUAGGAGGAAAGAGUGGAGAGGAAUACCGAAAAGAGGUGGUUGGAUGCUGUUGAGGACGGCGGGUGUGUGCGAAGACGAUGUGGAGGAUCGUGCCAAGUGGAAGGUCAUGACAAGGGUGACCGACGACUCCUAAUAGUUAGAACGAAGACGAAGAAGAAGGAGAAGAAGAAGAAUUAGAUUACUAACUAUAGUGACAAGUUAGAGUUGAAGACGUCAAGACGUCUUCUAUUUUUAUGGCUGUUCUAGUGAACAGAGUGAUAAAUUAUUUCUUUUACCAUCGCACAAUCCUUUAUUAACAUCUGCAAAUAUAAUCAUAUUAAUAAGGUACGUGAUAAGAUUCUAAUUUCCAUAAAAAUGGCGGGAAAUAAUUUCAUGAUUAUACAUUUUAUGCAGGUAACAUAUUAUAAUAGUAAUAAUCUAAUAUGUUAUGUAAUACAGAUUUAUAUAUGGUGUAGACCGUGAUGUUGCCGAAAUGUAGUAUACAGUGCCAUACUAUUGUGAUAUCCCUGUACGCUGCUUUAUUUUUUUUUACACCUGUUAUCACAUCAAAUGUUGCAAUUACCUUUAAUAUUUCUAUCGUGAUAUCUAACUAUUUAUACCUUAAAGUAAGACUUCAAAGUGUGUUCAAAACUUCUGUGUGUACAUAGUUUGUUUUAAUUUAUUCAUAAAUUAGUAAGUAGGUAUACCUAAUAGUAUUUUGCUCGAUAUAUUAAUUUAUUUCAUUUUUGAAUAAUACAGUCGUGAUUUAAUUGAGGUAUAAAUUAUAAUUUGACACGCAACUUAAUAAUAUAAUCUUAUACAUGGAUCGAUUUUUAGAUACCUAUUAAAAAUAAAUAAUACUAAUAAAUACAGGCACACAUUUUUUUUUCGUUUUGGGUUUUCUCUUUCAGAUAAUAAUUUUCUUUGUGACAAACUGAUACUAGGUACGUAAUUAAUGAAUUUAUUCACUUAUAAUAUCAUGUAUUACCUGUAUACGUAUACAAUGUAUAUUAUACAUACACGGAAAAUUUACAUAUAAACACACGCGUGUGUAUUAUUAAAAUUAGUGUACCCAACAGCCAAUAUAAAAACAUAGCUUAUCAAUUCAGAACAGUAAAUUAUUACAUUAAUAAAUUUAAUUCUACUUACCUCAUAGUUAUGAUAUUAUAUGCCUAUACCAUAUAGGUGUAUUUAGUCAAAUUAAGAAAUAUUAUUGUUUUCAAGGCUAACAAAUGCAUGAAAAAUAACUGAUAACAAUAAUUAUUAUUCUAUUCCUCGAAUUUUUUCUGUAUACCGUACUAUUACCAACAUACAUAAUAUUCUCUUGUGCUGCAAUAUUGUUGAUAUAAUUUUUAGUUGUUUAGUAUACCUAGGUAUAUUGUUAUCUGCUGGAAAACACUAAUAACAGUUUUCGGUGUGUGUAAAAUCUCUUUAAUCGUACAACACUAAUUACUGCUGAUUAUCUAUGUAUGUAUUUAUGGGUUACAACCAAAAAAAUAUAAUGUACAACACAGCCUAAUAUUAUUAUUAUUAUAAUAAUAAUUAUGUUCACUUGUAAUAGAAAAUAUAAUAUUUAGUAAACCGCAGUCGUGUAUCGACCUAUAGUUCUACGACCUAAAAUAUAAAUAGUUGUUAGUCUGGUAGGUACCUAUGUAUUAUUUAUAGUAUUUUUUAUUGUUAUCUAAUUUUUUUUUCCGAAAAAUAUGAUGUACAGUAAACAUUAUUUUUAGUAACAAAAUACUCUUAAAAGUUCAAGAUGUUCAAGCAAUUAUAUAAAUAAUAAAUUAAAAUAAAACGAGAUCAAAAUUAUGACCUAAUUUAGUAACAAUGUCGUGGGCUUUUAUUAAUUUCACAUGUAUUAAAAUUAUACUGCGUUAAAUAAGUUGCUGUAUGUAUUUUACACAAUAAAAUAAAAAGGCUUGUAUGAGUGGCACACUGUUUUUUUAGAAGGGAAGUUUGAAGAAAGGAUGUAUAGAGUAAUGUAUAUCUGUUCGCAAUAAUAAACCAUUGCUAAUGAAAAUAAUUCUUUUUUUUUUUUUAAUAUUUAUUAGAAAUCAUACAAUCUGUACAAUUUUUUUUACAAUGAGCAUGUUUGAUAUUUUUAAAGAUGACAUGAGUUACUUGACUUAAAGAAGCGGUAACACUUUUGGAAAAUAAUUCUGAAUCGUAUUUUGCCCCGUGUUGCCAAAGUAACACUUAUACUAACCAAAAUUAUAUAUAUAUAUAUAUAUAUAUGAAAAAAAAAAUGCCAUUUUAUAAACACUACAAGAGAAAUCAAAAAAUGACUUCCUAAAUUUACCAACCUAGAUCAAAAAUUCUACAAACAAGUUUCUAUAAAGUUUUUCAAUAGUGCAAGAUAUCUAAUAGAAAAGUUGAUACAAACAAUAUAAACAAAUUAUAGUAAAACCAAUAUUAUUCUCGCUUCAAUCAGAAUUUAUUAAAAUUAAAAUUUAUCAAUUAUUAAUUACUAGCACAUUGCAUUUCUAUCACAUUAUUCUUAGAUGUUCAAAAAACAUAAUUAUAAUAGGAAUGUGAUAUAGAAUCAUAUUAUAUACCUAUGGUGAGAUUAGUAUUUGUUACGUCUGUUUAGGCUAAAUAAACACCAAAAGUAAAAUAAAACUUAUCUAGUGUGUUUUUUUUUUAUUUUUAUUAUGAUUUUUUUUAAAUUUUUUUUUUUUUAUGAACAAUGUAAUACACGCAAAACACACUGCAUAUUCUGUAUACAAGUUAGAUCAACUAUAAUAGAUAAGCAUAUACUUACGGUUCUGAAUUAACAAGUGGUAGAUGUUAAGUUGCAAUCCAUGUCCCGGAUGAUCAAAAUUUAAAAAUAUUAAUCGAUGGAUUUAAUACAAAUUUCAUGGCCUUAAUAAUUACAAUACUGUUAUGAUGGGUUCAUAAGUAUUAAGGAGAACUUACACACUGAGACGAUUAAUAUUAAUAUUAAUAUCGAUUCAUUAUGAACACGUCAAUUAAGUACCUACCAGCUACUUAAGUAGUCAUAAUUUGUAUGUUCUAGGACGCAGCAAAACGCCCCAUGAAACCUAAAAAAUUGGCUUCUUUUAGAGCAUAAAAACGUUCAAUUAAAAAUUGUACACUUUUAUCCAUAUUUAAAAUAUUAUUUUAUUUUCUCAUAUUUUUAAACUGGUUUUAUUAAAUUGUAUUUUUUUCGCAAACGUAUAUGAUAAAUUAUUUUUAAGUUUUAGUCGUGGAUCAGCUACUAAAUAAAACGUUUAAUAAAUAAAAAUGUUUAAUUUAAACAUAAAACGUGUUUAAUUCCUAGAACAUACAAAUUAUAACUACUUAUUUCUAUAUGUUUCAUAAAAAAUAACGAAUAAACAAAAACAAAACUAUUAUAAUUUAUAAAUUCCGCAUAAAUAAUUCAACCAAGUUGAGGUGUCAAAUUAAUAUAAUUUGAGCUGUAGAUUAUAUUACGAAUACUAAUACUGUUUGACUAAUAUAACUGAAACGUUCUGGUUGAAUAUAUUAUAUUUAUAUUUUGUUUUUUUUCAUAGAAUGUCUAUGUUUUAUAGGUAUACAUCUUCUCCUCAUCACUAUCGCAUUAACAUACCUAAAUCGUAUUCGCUUAAAAAUUAUAACGCGUUUUUGUAUAUUUUGUUUCUUCAGUCUUAUCUCUAACAUUGUAAACACGAGAUUAGAUUAUAAUUCGCGCAAAUAAUUGUUACAAUAUUACGAUGUGUUUUUCAUAUAGCGAUUUUCGAUAUACUUCAUAUAAUUAAUGAUGAUAGAUGAAACGUUAAUCUAACAACAUAUAAGUAUACAAAUGGUAAUUUAGCGAGGUAGCUUUUUAAAAGUUGGCGGGAGCCUAGAAAACCAUAUACCUACAAAUGAAUUUGAAAAAAAAAAAUUGUAAGUUACAAAUAGUAUUGGCUGGUAUUUGAAGUAUAAAAUGUCGAAAUUCGAAUACGUUAUGGCGAAUGUAACAAUUGAACACUACAUAAUGGCAACAAAUAAUUCGAAAUAAUUAUCAUGUUAUAUCGCUGUUAAAAAUAUCUUCAUAUAUUAAUAUAUUUAAAACAAAAAAAAUAUUUCAAUACUAAUUUAAAAUUAUAAAUAAUUUAAUUUGUAAUUUGUAUUAUAAUAUGUAGGUAUGCCCAUGUUUUUGAUAAGCAAUAUACUUUCAAUAAUCUCUUUGAUUGCAUUAGUUUUUAUUAGUUGAUGUAUAUCAAUACUUACCUGAAACCGUUGUAAUCAUCAAAUGGCAUCUAUUAUAUUUAUUUUGGUAUUGAACAAAAUUGCAUAGUAUAACCUCUUAAUAGUUUGAUAAUUAUUCAAUUUAUUAAACUAAUUCUCGUGUAAUAUAUAUUACGUAAGUAUUCAAACCUCGGAGAACACGAAUAUUGUGCUAGUGAAAACUCUAUUAUUUUAGAUUUUUUAUCUAUUCUUUUUGAACAACGCAAAAUCACUUAAUCGGCCGUAUUGAAUUAACCUUGGAUUUUUUUUGGUGAUCUGAUUUUUCAUAUUAUACUAAUCCGUUGAGUUUCUAAAACCCAAAAUAAAAUAUUAAUAAUAUUUUAAAUAGUUGAAUCAAUAUGUAUUAUACAUAUUUAUGUAACAGUAACAAAAUAAACUACUUUUUUUUUCCAAUCGCCCAGAACAAUUAAUUUUCUUUGGAUAGUUACACAAAUAAACCUAAUAUAUUACAUGGACCGGUUAGACUAGAUAAAUGUAAUAUAUAAUUAUGACGGUACAAUAAAAAUAAUAUUACACGUGUAGUUAUGAAAAACAUAUUUAAAAAAAAAAAAUAAAAAAAAAAUGCACGAAUUAAUAAGUUUUAGUUAUUGGCGGAGACAAACACAUGUGAGACAUGUGUGUACAUAUACGAUUGUGAAUUUGCGUAAGUACGGUGAAUGUUGUCAGUCACUCUGGUGGGUUGUUGACGCGCACAACCUUUAGAUGGGUGAAUGUGGGAAAUGUACUAAAACGAUUGUAUUUUUUUGCGUGAUGGGCGUCGCCGGCCGUUUUUUUCGAAAUGACCUUUAUUACAAUAAUAUUGACUCCUUGAUACUUUGACUAUACGUCCAAAAACUAUAUAAGGCUUGUUUUCCGCGACGACAGACACAAAUAUCGUAUUUUGUACAUUUUUGAGAACUCCAAAUGGAAAAAUAUUUACUCAACACAAAUUUAAUUCCUUUGCGAUUAUGUUAGUGUAUAUAUAAUGCUAUUAAUAGUACGGUUCUUUACGGUAUAGCGGUUCACCCGGCCAAUGAUAUUGCAGAAAACGUCUUUGGAAUUUUCGUGAAAAACUCCGCUGUCGUUGGUUAGUUUGUUUUAGCGUAUAUAGUAGAAUUUUCAAAUAUACACUAAUUUAAAAACCGAUUGUAGCGUUUACGUGAUAUCCUCGGCGAUGUUCUGCAAUUUAAUAUACGAAUUCUAUUUAUAAUAUACAGCGUCGUUCUUAUAUAUUUUAAAUUGAAAACGGACGAUAAUCAACAAAGGUCGUCUUAUUAGUUUUUUUUCUGCGUUUACUUGUUGUCAUGUUUAUGUUUUCCGACGAUCUCCUCAAUUAAAUGUUAGGGUAGAUUUGGUUUCAUUCGUUUUAAAAGUUAACGUCUCCGCCAGAAAUACAUUUUCUGACUCGCUGAAAUAACUUUUAGAAUAUUAUACACCUAAUAUAAUAAUUUUAAUUAGGUAGACAGGUAUAAUAUAUGUAUAAAACAACAAGGAAUAUUAAAUGUCGUUAAACUGUAAUAUACUUUGGAGUUUGGAUAUUAUUAAUAUUAAUAGUAUAAAUAUUAAAUGUCAAAUACAAUCCACGAACGUCGCAGGAAUAGUGGAACAGUUAGUCACACUAGUGUGACAUCAUAUUAUUUGAUAGUAAUCCUUAUCAAGUAAGACGUCAGCGCUAUAAUCACACGUAUUUGGAAUUUUUAAACAAAAAGGUCAAUAUUUUUUAUAAUUCCGUAGAUGUUUGGGGGGGUUUGUGGCAGGGAGAGGGGGGUUAUUUUAUUGUUAUUAUUAUUACUGUCGUGUCAGUGACGUUUUCUCUAAGCUAUAUACCUACCUGUAUGGUAUCAUAUGCAAUACGAUCGACGAUUGGUAUUUUUAAUUUUCUUUAAACGCAGCCCGGGAAUUAAUUGGUUUAUAGCGUCGACACUCCUCGCGUAUUUUACGAUUUAAACUUUUCCAUAUUUUUAUUAUUAUUAUAUAUUUGUAUUUUUAUAUUUAUAUACAACAUCCGUUGGCUAUUAUAAUAUUUAUAUUGCGUGUAAAAAUAACUAAAUAACUCAAUAUUUUAGCGUCGAGUGACGUCGAGGAAGGUUUUGGUAUAAGUAUUGACGUAUAAUUGUACAAUAAAUGUUUAUGUUUGUAAUCGAUUAGUCACACGGUCGUCCGUAAUAAUCAAAUUGCGAUUUACAGUUGGUAGGUGUGCCUAUAUAAUGUAUAUAAUUGCAAUAUUAAUUGUAUCGAACGAUUUCGGUUUGAUUUUAUAUCGAAUCCGAGUGCAGAAUAUUUAAGUAUUUACGUGCUUAAACCAAAUAUGCGACAGACCGUAUUUAGGAUAAAUGACCCAUAGGCCAGACUAUAUUGGUGUGGCUUCUACCACGGGUUACCGGUACAGGGCACAAGUACAUAUUUAAUUCCGGAUUGACUUUUUUCUUUUGCUUAUUAGGUAGCUUUUUUAGCGAGAGCUCAUAGGCUACACAGCCUAUGAAGUUUAAACACGGCCCCGAUGGGUGUUCGUUUGUACAAUAUUUCAAGGGUAUAUAGUCUAUAUAAAUACCUUUUGAUUUUCGUCGCAUUCUUAUUGCGCACUGGAAAAUAAUACGUAUGGUUUUUAUAAUUUUUAAUUCGUUUUUAAGAACGUCCCUCUAUUACAUUUUUUUUUUUUUUUUUAUUUGGUUUGCCUAAUUAACUAUUAUACUAAACGUAAAAUUAUACCUUAAUCGAAUAAAUGCAUUGUGUGGAUAUUUUCUAUCUGUCUAAUUGUGUAUUUUUUGAAAAUUACUUAUGUUUUUAUUCAUUUUUGUUCCAACAGUCUGACGCGAAAAUGGUGUUGGACGUGAUUCAACGAAUGGAAGACACUGAACCGUUUUCAGAAGAAUUGUUAACUGCUAUGAAGAGACUGUGGGCUGAUCCCGGUGUCCAAAUGUGCUUUUCCCGAUCAAAUGAAUAUCAGCUCAACGAUUCUGCUAAAUAGUAAAUAAAAAACAAUUAUAAUAUAAAAUAUAUGUAUAUCUACUUGAUAUUUUCAUGAAUUAUUAUUAAUUCAUAGGCACUUGCACUAAUAAUCCCAAGGUAAAGAUUGCGUAUAGGUACUCAAUCAUUUUUAAAAGUCAUAAUUUAGUUAUUUUUUCAACAGACAAAUAUUUCAUUGUGAAUUAAUUGUUAUUUCCAUCAUUGUAUUUGUAUAAAAUAAUAUUUUAAAAACGAAAUAUUCUAUACCGUUCACAUAUUUUAUAUAAAUCUACAGCCUACAGGUGAUAGUAUUGAGAAGAUACAUCUAAUAGAAUAAUUUCUUUUUGUUUAGACACUUUUUCUAAGAACUAUUGGUACUAUAUACACAGAAAUGUGAUAUAUGAAAAAAAAAACUAAUAAACGGCCGUUUAUUGCAAUCAAUUGAUUUUAGUAGAAAAAAAAAAAAAAGAAUAUUUUAAUUUUUAAAUAACCAAUAAAUAACAGUUUUUUUUUUUUCUAAAUAUUAUGUUUCUACAAAAUAUACCGUUUAUGGGAGAAAAGAUAACAUCGACUUUUCAAACUAUCGUAGUAUAAGUAUGCACAUUAUCAUGCGGUGUGAGAGUCAAGGACGAACCGAGAAAAACAUUUCGAGAAUUGGGGGAGGGGGCCAAACAAAUAUUUACCUGAUUUGACCUUAGUAUUACUGUAAAUCGAUUUAUUAUUUAAAAUUUAAGUACAAAUUAAAAAGCGAUUUAUAUUUCCGAGACGUUUUUGAACCCCCAGAACCUUUCGUCACCGAUGUGCACCCAGUCUUAAAAUAUUAUUAUUAUAUUCAAUUGUGAUUAUACUACAUGCAUUGAAAUAUUUGCUAGGUGUAACGAUAUAGAUAUAUAUACCCCGACUAGUAUGUUGGACAUCCCGAGUCUGACAUUUUUGUGAAUUCAAUAUAAUAGACUUACCUAAAAUUAAGUUUCGAAAAGUAAAAACCGUAUAUAUAAAACACGGAUGCAUACAAUCAAUGCCAACCGCUAUGUGGCAAUCGUAUUGUACAGCUGAAGCCGCAGUUUUACAUUGUGAUAACGGUCGAAUCUGUCUUUUUACCAUUGUUACCACGGUCACCAAAACUGUGGUCAUUAAAAUAAUACAAGGCGCCCCGAAUUAAACGGCAGAUUGAUAUUUUUUAACUUUGUAUGCACGCAUAUUUAUAUUUAUAUAUUUGUGUACGUGAUAAUAAUUGCGCGUAAAACCUUUCUAAUGUAUUGAUAACAAUCGUCAAUAACUAUCGCGAUGACAUUUUAAUAAUAUUUUAAACAACUUUUCCCAACAAUUAACAAUACUUGUGUUAUUGAAAGAGGAAAAAAUAAUAAUGUUCGCUAUUAUAAUAUUGUUAAUCAUAUUGCGCGUCCUUAUCGCACGCGUAUAAUACAGCAACAAUGAAAUUAAUAAAACGCUUUCAAGACCCUGUAGUCCGCGGCUUUAUUGUUCAUUCAUUUUUGGUGGGAAUUUAAAUGACGCAUUUCAGAGACCUGUGAACUAACAGUAAUCUGUUUUUGUUUUUUUUUUUCUAAUUCCACUUUUUCAAAUAAAUAUCGCCGCGAAACUAUAUGUCUCGAGUUUAUAUAUUUCGUAUAAUUUUUUCGGGUGCGUGUAAGUUUUUAUUUUUUAAAAUAAAUUCCGCGAAGGUCGAAAACUACAGUGUAGUAUUAUAAUUCGCCUUAUAUUUGCGUAGUACAAUAAUACAAGUUAUGCGUUUUACAAUAAUACGAGCAUUAUUCUUUUUGGGACACGCAUAAACGCAAGUAUUUGCUAAAAUAUUUGUAUUAAGUUUUUUCUUUUUUUUCUAAUUCAGUUUUAGGUACAUUGUAUGUACAGAAAAAAAAAACGAAACGAUAUCGUAAUAGCAAAAUUGAAUUAUAGGUACCAACAAGAAUUUAAAUUACGGAUAACAUUUUUGAACAAAACCCGCGUUUUACGCGAAUAUAACGCAAAGAUAAUUGGUCCCGACGGCCAUUUCGAAAUUACAAUAUUUAAUUUUGAGCGUGUCGGCGAUUUAAAAACUGUUUGUAAUAUUUUCUUGAUUUUCAUAAUUAUUUUCGCUAUAUUGUUUGCUACGAUUACACACAAAUAUUUGAUGAUUAUUUUUUUUAUUAUUAUUUGUUUAGAUCAUAGUGCAAUCUAUACAUCUGUGUGAUAAUCAUUAUAAAAACGUUUAAAUGUUCACAUUGGACAGUCUAAUCAUAUACGGUGUAGUUAAAAAAAAAAAUGUUUACAUAAUAAUUUUAUGUCCUAGGUUAGGGCACUAUGGGGAAUUUCCUAAAACAAUUAAAACCGCUGUGUGUUUAAUUUAAUUUAAUUAACGGAACAAAAAUAAACUGAUAAUAUAGAGUGGUGAGGAAGUGAUGAAGUGUUAUACUUUUAUUUUAAGCUUUUUUUUUAUCGAAUAUAUAACGUGCGUGUCCUAGUACAAUAACGCGGGAGUUUGAAAAUAAUUUGCAUAUACCAUAAAAAAAUGAUAAUAAUACGUUCUAGUGAUAAUGUUCACAGCGAUAUUUGAAAUUUCUGACAGUUUUCCUCCCGAAAAUCAGCUACGACUACGCUGUUUUUCUUUAAAAAUUUCUUUGCACUAAUUCCGGUGCCUAUAUUUUCCGAACAUUAAUAAAAAAAAUUAACUGCGGUCCACACACUAAUAAGCGAUUCGGACGUCGUGUUUGUUUUAUGACUAAACGUAUUAUGUAUAAUACUCGCAUUAUAGUAUUAUAAUGAAUGAUAUUACGUAAUUUUUAAAAUUAAAUGACUUUGUUUAAUCGAUCUUAAUUUUUCCUAAUACACAACCAAAUGUAUACGUUCGAGCAAAUAUAUAUAUAUGCAAUUUUAGGCAGCAAAUACAAAUAUUAUAGAAGGGUGGCGAUUUUUUCGUGCUAAUAAUAAUGACGGCGAAAAUAGUCGGCGGUCGGAAAACGAUAUACGGCGGAAAUUUCGAUCCCGAUGUCCUGAAUAGGACAAAAACACGGCAGUUUCCGAUACGCGGAGCGAGAAGAUUUUCGAUUUUUAAGUAUAAAUUCAGGUACCUCGAUUUAGGUAUCGGUGGCGUGCCCAGGGGGUAUUUUAGGGGUUGUACCCACCACCUCCUCCCCCACCCCCAUUGGAUUAAAUACCGAUAGUGAGUUUUUUAUUUUGUAUUUUUAUCUCGAAAUUACGAAUAUUACACAUUUCGGCCAAGUGACCGAGGGGAAAAAAGUUUGAUUUAUCGAAUAAAAAAAUUGUAGGCGUUUUUCAGAUCCGGUUUUUGAAUUCUCGUUGACGCGGGGGUCAGGCGUAUCACGGAAGAAAAAGUAGAAAUCGAUAACUACGCGAUUUAUCCGAAAGGAUCGUGAUUGUUAUAUAAUAUCUGCUCUCCGGAUGGGAAUUCCUGCUUUCCUGGCCGUGCACUUACAUCAUAUAUGUAUAAUACUUACCUGCGAUGGGUGUAUGGAAAAAAAAAUGACGGAUUUUUUUUAAUUCGCGAUUUUCGCCGUACAGCAGCGGCUGCCGGUUUUUAUUCCGUGUUAAACGACGAGGAGCUCGGAUAUAAUAUUUAUAUUUGUGUAUAGGGGUGCGCGAUUACGGUUUAUAGUUGCCGGUCGGGCGUGGUCCUCGAUGACGUCAUUGGAUCGAUACCAUCGCCGCCGAGGCCGCCGCCGCCGCGGUGCGCGUCUGGGGAAGCGUAUACUCGUGCACGGACGCAAAAACACUAAUAAUAAUAAAAAACCAUUACCGCACUUAUACCCGUGUUCCGGAGAUAUAUUAUAAUGUAUAAUAGUUUUUAAGUAAUUUCGAAAAUGCGCGGGCAAAAAAAAAAAAAAAAAAACACCUAUUAUAUAUUAUUUUGAUAUUAUUUUAUAUAUUAUAUAUAUGUAUAUAUGGAUAAAACAAUGUUCUUUAAUUUAAUAAUAAUAAUGGGUCAUAUAUUGUUAGGAAAAAACAACCCCCGUAAAAAUCCCCGUUGCCGUUAAAAUAUAAUAUCAUAUGACAAAAAUACAUAAAAUAUGUAUGGUCCGUCACGAUAAUAAUAUUUUAAUAUUAUUUUAAACGUGUAUACCGUAGUAUAGAUAUACAUAAGUAUUAACAUUUGACAUUUUUUCGAUACUUACCACCAUAAUAUGGUAGAUAUAAUAGCUAUAAUAAUUCGUAUCAUUAAUUAAUAUUUUUUUAAAACCAUAAUACUAUCGAUUUCGUCGUAAAUUAAUCAGGUAAAAUAAAUUAGUUCUCUGCUACAUUACACGUGAAAUCGAAUUUUUAGAACAAAUAGUAGACAAUUUUAAUCAUAUUAUAGUAUAGGACGAAUAACAAUAAAAUUAUAUAUAUAGAUACAUUAAGUUAUCUAUUUUUUUCACACAACAAACAUAGACAUUAUCAAAUAAAAAUAAUUCGUAGUGUUGACAAAGAAAUGUGUACGUGAAAUAAACAUCCGGGGUAUUGAUCAGUGGGUAGGGUAGUUGCGUCUUCUCUUCAAAUAGAUAAGUACCGAUUAUCACUUGUGGUCAGAAUAAUCAAAAUGAGGUUAUUAAGUACUUAGAACAUUGUUAGAAUACAUACAUAAUCGGCGGUGAUCUGAAACUGAAAUCUCAAAACAUCUACAAAUAAUAUACAUUUUGAUGGCAUUCUGUUUUUCUUUUAAAUAAAAGAAGAUAUAAAUGAAUAAAAUAUAUUAUAAUGACUAGGUUGUUUAUCACGUAACCGCUGUAAAAACGAAUGCAAAAAGAAUACUAUACUUUUACCUUGGAAUUAGCAAUAAUUAUACGUUACAAUAUUAUUCUCACACUUUAUAAUUCGUUAUGUGCCGUUGAUAAUAUUAUUACUUAUUAUUUUGUUUUGUCUAGUUUUCUGGAUGACCUGGAUAGGUUAGGGUCCAAAGAUUACCAGCCCACCGAACAGGACAUAUUGCGUACCAGAGUAAAAACCACCGGUAUCGUCGAAGUGCAUUUUUCGUUUAAAAACUUAAAUUUCAAGUGAGUGAUUUCGCGCAUGGAGACGACGGCGUGGUUUUUUUUUUUUUAUUCUUUCGAAUGAAUAGCAUAUCAUUUGAAAUCGUACCGUAUUAUAUAUUAUAUUAUAUUAUAGAUUGUUCGACGUCGGCGGUCAGCGAUCGGAAAGAAAAAAAUGGAUCCAUUGCUUCGAAGACGUGACGGCGAUCAUAUUUUGCGUAGCCAUGUCGGAGUACGAUCAAGUCCUUCAUGAAGACGAAACCACGGUAAAUAUAGUCGAUAUUUUAAGUAACAUUUUUUUGUUUACGGCAUAUGGCUGAAUUACCCGGUAUUUUCGGGGCUCAGUUUUUUAAAAACCGACAUUAAUGUAGGAAAUUCAAUUUAACGCGUCUGCGCAUUUCCAUCUUUAUCCCGAUCACGGUUAAUCGUUGUUGCUCGGUAAUUUAACUUUUAAAACGAUACUUCUCGGUAGUAUGCGACAACCAAAUUAAACACACUGGUAAUUGUUUUUAUUCGAUUUGUUCGUAUUAAAAUAUCGAAAAUUAAGCGCGAGUCGUCCUUUUAUCGGAGGUUUAAUUUCGAGAUAGAUCUCGUUUCGAACGUCUGGUGCGUACAGUUUCAUCGAAAAUUGCAGUAGAUUUGUUUAUUAUAACGGACGGACAGAUAUGCGUAUAGACUGUAGAAUUUCAAUAAACACACUCGUAAUUUCUCUAGUGUAAUAAUGUGAAAAAAAAAAAUUAAAUAGAAAUAACGACGCGCUACCACAAAGGAAAUCGUUAAUAAAUUGUCACAUUUGUAAUAGUAAUUUUAUCGUGCGAUGAUAGCCGCGCUAAUUGAACUCUGGCCCCUCGUCGUCGUUAGCCGUGUAAUAUAUUAUUGUUUUAUCGUGUAGCAGCUAAUAGUGCACGUUUCGGACCAAUUUAUGUUAAAACCGUUACGGGAACGAUUCUAAUCAAUAUAACAGUCUCGUAUACAUUGUAUUGUAUUUAUCAGCUACCUCAUUUAUCUAUCCGUUUGUCGUUUAUUUCUCAUAAUGAUUCAGUGUGAUAUUAUAGUUGUUCGUAUACUCGACAGUAAACUUGAUGAGUUUUUCCGUCGCGAUAUGCCUACGAUAUACCAAAUGCAUGGAAAUGAAAUUCAAUCGGGAUGCAUACGCCAUUUGUAUUAUAAUUUUAUCGGGCAAGACGACUAUAGUCGAGGAGAUUUAUUACCUAUACAAUAGAAAUCGCGCAAUUUGUAAAACGUCUAGUGGCCCCGGAUGAUCAAAUGUAUACACGGGGAAAAAAUGAGUUUCUUUAUUUUGGAUUUAUCGUCCGUAUAUUAUGUCCGCCUUUUUGUUUUCCUCAAAAUUGUUAUUGUUAAUUAGUAAUUACCCUUUAGUAAUUACCGUUUAAUAAGCGGUGUUACCACCUACAUACACCGCAGAAUCUGUAUACGCGCACGCAGAAAUUAUUGUGCGCACAUACACGCUGCGGCAGCAGCAGCAGCAGCACCACACGAUGACGAAGAUCUUAUCUCCCGACACUGGCGCUGGUCGUCGUCAAGGCAACACCGGUCUCGAUCGAUAGCACUUCUCCCUGCAAUACUCGCACCGUUCCUAUAUACACUAACGGUCAACCCUUGAACUACAUCAGCUAUAUAUAUAUAUACAAACUUUAUAGUGUUUAACUUAAAUAUAAUACAGGCACCUACCUACAUAAUAUACAUAUUAAAUACCUAUUGAAUUUCAAUAACUCUUUAACAGAAAAAAAAAAAAAUGUUAAAUAACCGAUACAUUCACGGCAAGAGACAAUUUACCGAGACCUAUUGUGUAAAACGUUUUUCCCCUCCACAUAGACACCAUCAUUGACUUUUUCCUGUACCUACUUAUAUUUUAUUGUUAUCCUACAGUGAUGGAUUUAUUUUUCGUACCACUUAAAUACUGAUGACGGUUCAAAUUGUCGCAAUAAACGAUUAAAAAAAAAUAUCGUUCGUUGACUUUUCAAUAUUAAAUUAAAAAUGCCUAUACGUAAAACGUAAUUUUGUGCUAUGACAUUAUUUUUUUCAAUAAACGUAAGAUAUUUUUUCAAAAAUUUUAAACAACGAAAAUUUGUACGAUUAAAGAUAUAGGUAUACAGAAAAUAUAAUUGUUUUAUAUUUGUCUAUUCGAGUGCUGACAAUUAACACGCAGAGUAAAUAAAAUAAAGAAAAAAAAACGGACGACCUAAAGUGCAGCGCUUCGCGCAUUACUGUCAGAUAUGAUGUCCUAAGCGACUCGCAUAAUCACCAUUAAAAAAAAAAAAAAAAAAAUAAAAAUAUUUUUACGGACUUUUGUCCAAAAAAUAUAUAUCAACAAGUAGGCAUUAAAAUGCAGUUUUUAAUAACGUGCAUGUGCUUGUUUUUUAAUAUUACUACUUAACACGCGAUACUUACUAUAUUAUGCGCUAUCGUAAAUAUAAUAAUCAACUAAAAUAAGUCUACGGACACGCCGAACAAAUUAACCAACCAAAUGCAUAGGUACUUAGUUGAAUAUUUUAGUAUUUCACUCAUAAAGGGUUUUUUUUUCUUCAAUUUUCAUAGUUUUUUUUUUUUUUUGUGAAAUGCACACGACGCGCGAUGAAUUGAUUUUAAAUUUAAUUGUACAUUUGUGUCUAAACUGUGCAACAAUUCGGCUUGAAUUUUAAUAAUUGUUACACUCUUAAACUGUAACCGAAUAACAAUAUUAAAUUUUAGCGUAUAAUAAUAUACAUAUAUCGGUAUACGUACAAUAUUACUAUAUUAUUUGGUAUCUAUAUUAUGUACCGCGCAAUCAAUAAAUAAGAUAUUGAAAAUGGCCGACAUCGUUUCGAUACGAAUAAUAUAAUAAUACGAAAUAAUGUUUUGUUUCAGAACCGUAUGCAAGAGAGUUUGAAGCUAUUCGAUUCGAUCUGCAACAAUAAAUGGUUCACUGACACUUCCAUCAUAUUGUUCCUGAACAAAAAGGACUUGUUCGAAGAGAAGAUCAAGAAAUCACCGCUCACAAUAUGUUUCCCGGAAUACGCAGGUAACAUACGCACUGAAUGUCAAACUGUAUGCAUGACGUAUUUUUGUUUCAGUGGAAUUUAAUCGUCAACUACGUUUCCAUAUUGAAAAUACAUGACAACAUAACCUGUCCCAGACGGAAAUAAAUUUAAACAUCAUUUUCUUAGUGAAAAUUUUGUGUUCAAUAUUUUUCCACUAUUUAAAUUACAUAAAAUAUCUACUAGAACAAAAAUAUAAAAAAUAUGUUUUUAAAAUACGACGAGUUGUUAGACAUUUUAAUCAAACAAUUUGGUUUUUAUUACAAAUUAAACCAUUUGAUUAAGUUAUUUUGUUGGCAUAUCGAAUCGAGGUGCCUAUAUUUGUUAUAUUUAGUGCUUAAAUUAAGUCUGGAAUAUGGAAAGGGGACGCAAUAGUAAAAUAAAAAUCACUGAUCUUAAAAGGACGUUAUACCCGCAUCUACUGUUUCAGUCCAACUACCGAGUAACACGCAAAAUCAAUGCUUAUGCAGAAUAUGUAGAACUAGCUUGAUUUUAGAGUAAAAGUACUUAUUAUGAUAUUCAUAGCGAACAAUAUUUGGAGGAAAUGUCAUUGGGUUUUUGUAUUAUUCAAAAUAUACAGUUCAAUAUAAAAGAUUCUAAAACCUUUUUUUGUUUUUUUGUUUUUUAAAUAAUUGUACAUUUUUUAAUAGUUCAUAAAUCAUAAUUCAAAUGUUAUCCGAUAGCUGGACUGAGACAGUAGAUAGAUCCUCUUAAGAUUUAAUUAUCUUUAUGUCUACACUAAAAUGUACAAAAGAAAAGUUACUCCAUCUCUCUCCCCCAAUUCAAGCACUGAUUAUAUUAUAAAAUUUGUUUGAAAAAUAAAUACACAUAAUGCACUACGUAUAUUUGUGUUUAAAUAAAUAAAUAGAUAAAUUUCUAGAGUAAGGGAUAUAAAAUAUUGACUUACCCAUUAACGUAAUACGAGAAUUAUAAACAAAUAAAAAAACAACUUUAGGUACAUAUAUUAAUAAAAUUAUUUUACACAAUUUUGACUUAAUGUAAAUUAAUUAAUGAAAUCUUAAAAAUCAGUACAUAUAGGUAAUACAAAUCUUAACUAUUAACUUAUUAAUUUGGUUAUGGUUUAAUUUUGAAUAUUAAUCUUUAAACAAAUUUUUGUUUUUUUAAACAAUUUUUUUUUGUUUUCUUGGACAAUUGUAGGAGCCCAGGAGUAUGGAGAAGCAGCCGCUUACAUCCAGGCACAGUUCGAGGCCAAGAACAAAUCUACCACUAAAGAGAUUUACUGUCACAUGACGUGCGCAACAGACACAAAUAACAUACAGUUCGUGUUUGAUGCUGUCACAGAUGUCAUCAUCGCCAACAAUCUCAGAGGAUGUGGACUGUAUUAGACCACAUCAUACAUACAUAGAUACACCGUGCGAGACAGUCGACAGACAAACACAAAACACAUUAAAAGGUCCGUCGUAGUCAACUGCGGUUAUAAUAUAAUAAUUAUAUUAUAUACACUAUAGUUUUAAUUUUGUGCGGUUUUCUUGUUUUUUUAUGUUAUAUUUUUUUUUAAAUUUCUACCUAGACUCAUUUUUGUUGACCGUAGUUGAUCCAAGUUCGACUAGAUGCGAUACAUUUGUAGCCCUCCGUAAUGCAAUAAAUAAUUAUAAAUCCUAUACAAAUAGAAUGAACGAAUCGUUGUUUGUUUUGAUCACACAUUCAUCUCAUAGUAUUAUAAUAGUACCUAUACCUACCUAUUAUUAUUAGGUACCCUACAUAUGGUGGUUGUGAAUGACAAAUUUUUUUUAUUUUAAAUUUAAUUUAAUGGUAGGUUAGCUUUUGAGACAUAAUUUUAAUCAAUAAUUUAAUUUAUAAAAGUACAUCUUUGCCUAAAAAAAUGCCUCGAGUCGAUUUAUAUAAAUUUCCAAUUGUGUGUUUAUUCUUAAAUAUAUUUGCUUAAAAAAGAAAUAAUAAUAACAUAGCAUUAGUAAUUUAUGCAAUUGAGUAGUUUAGUACCUAUUAUUUAUUCUAAUCUUAAACCUAAAAACGAAUUGAAGUGGUUAACUUUAUUAAUCUAAUGGUUAUUUUGGUGCGAAUUAUUACAUAUUGAAUUAUUUGUAUAGGCAUUGUGUGCAGUAUUUAAGGGUUGGGGAAGUGUAUCUUGUUGUGUAUAACGACAAUUUGUAUAGUCCAUGAAGGGGAUGGUAAAUUUAUAUUGACAUUCUAUAAAAAAAAUCAUAUAAACAGUCAAAUUCACACUUCGCUAAUAUAUUAAAAUUAUUCCUUGUAUUGAUAGUUAUGCAAACAAAAUUACUGCAUAUGAGUUAGUAAAUUAAACAAAUACAUUGCUAAGAAUCAUUAUCCACAAAAUUUUGUUGUAUCUGGAAUAGGUAUAAGCAAAUUUGACUGCAUUAUAAUAAUAAUAACAAUAAUAAUAUUUAAUUAUUUACCUAGUUAUUAAAAUUUAAGCUUUAUUUUAUUUCAUGUAGGUAAAAAUAUUGUCAUUUAUUUUUAUCAAUGUUCUAUGAUUAAAUUCACGUUAAAACUUGUUAAAAAUACGAACAGUAAAAUUGUAAUUUAUUACAAAGUUCCGAAUUUAUACAAUUUUCAGCAGUAUAAGAUUGUCUAUAACAAAAUAGUUACCUAUAUCAUACUUUUUGGAAAAAUAUUUAAGUGAGGUGGCAAAAAUAUAUAUUGCUUGGGGUGUGAAAUUUCCAAAUACAAGGUUAAUUGUGUGUUAAUGAAUAAUGAGGUAAACUUUAUUACAGUAUUUUUCUAUAAAAAUAAAAAAAAAUUCUGAUUUAUUAUUCAUGCAAAUUUAGAUUAUUAAAAAAAAAAAACAUUAAUUAAGUCUUCAUAUUUGAAGUAAAUCUUUUAAUAUUACAAUAUCCUGUUCAAUGCUAAUCAUUUUUAAGGGAAGGGUUUUUAGAUUUUUAACUUUAAACUUUAUAUAACUGUACAUAAUUUUAAAUUUUAUCAUAAUAAGUAGAACUUUAUUAUAUAAGAUAACAAUACUCGAGUUACCUUAAAAUGCUUUUAUAAAACCCAGAAAUAUUUAAUAUCAAACUAUCUAUUUAAUUAAAAUAUUUUCUUAAAAUAUGAACAUAAUAAUAUAAUUUAAUAUAAUAAUUUUUUUAAACAUACAAACAAUUUAAAUAUUGAUUAUUAUUAUUGCAUUUUUUAGAUGUUAACUACAUUUUAGUUAAUUUUAAUAUUGUGUGCCUAUAAUUAUUAUAAUAUGUAUACAUUUACUUUUAAAUAUUUUUGUUUUAUUUUUUUUAAAUAUAUAAUUACAAAUUAAAAUAAUUUUUAUCAUUAAAUAACAUAAUAUAAAUAAGCCGAAAUCUACAGAUCAUUAUUUCAUUUAAUUGUACUAUUCAUUUAUUUUUAAGUACAUUUUAUAAUAUCUACAUCAUUUAUAUUAAUUAAUAUUUAAAAAGGAAUUAAAUUAUAAUUUAGUUGCUCGUUUUACUAGCACAACAUAAUAGUUUAUUAUGUUUACAGGUUUGAUUUUAAGUUCAUACACGAAAAUUCAAUGCACACAUUUUGAAAAUGACCAGUUUGGUGUUCAUAUUAAUUUAAGGAGUUACAUUAAACAAUAUGAAAACAACGCACAUUUUUAACCUAUUCAAAAAAAUGUACCAAAUGUGUUACCUACCUAUCCUUUUUAUUUUUAUUUUAAGUUUUGAACCAAUAUUCAAUUUAGCUUUACCAAAUAAUAUACCCAAAAUAGUAUGUUAUAUAAAAACAAUAUAAUAUAUUAUAUACAAUUUUAACUUCUUUAAUUUUGUUAAAAAGUCAAGUCAUAUUAUAUAUUAUACUUUUUUUGUAUCAAGACAAAUUUGUGUCGAGUAAAUGGGUAAAAAUAAUCAUGUAAAUGAUACCAAUCCAUAAUAUGCUUAAGAAUGCACUGUAGUUUACUUAAUAAGAAUUUGAAUUGUUUGAAAUUUAAUUUACAUUGCAUCAAUAAUUUUUGAGGACCAACAAAAAUGUUGAAAAUAAUGAACAAAAAAUCUGAUAUUUGAGAGUAAUCUCUUAUAAAUGUUGUUUAACGCACGAUUAAUUCCUAUUGUGUUAAAAAUUACCCUACCUAUAUUUACUAAAUACUUUAAUCAAAUCCGCAUAUCGGUAGAUCGCUAUAAAUCGUGACUAUUUUAAUGAAAAUUCUUCAGUGCCUAUAAUAUUAUUAUUUGAUUACAAUAUUAUAAUGAAAAUAAUAAAUUAAAGUGUUGUAAAAAUUUAAAUUGAAUAGGAAUAAUAUUUUAGCAUUAAAAUUCAAUAUAUUAUGUAGACAAAUUUGUUUUUUGUGUAUAUAUAUAUAUAUAUUUAAACAAAAAAAAGCAUAGAAUAGAUUUGUUUAGCUUUUAAUCACUUAAAUUUAAUUAUAUACAAAAAACUUAAUUUAGGACAGUAAAUGUGAAUACAAAAUUUACACAUUAUAUAAUAAUUACCUAUUAUUACUAUAAAUAAUAUUGUACUAUGGCACAGUAAGUUUUAUUCAAUGUUUUAUUCAAACAAAUUUUUUUAAUUGUUUACAUUAAAAAUAAGAAUAAUAAUUUAAAAAAAAUGAUUUCAUUGUUAUUAAGACUCGAAAAAAAUACAUAACCAUGAAGCCCACUUUUUAUGUAAAUGUGAAUACAUUUUUUUUCAGAGUUCAACAUAAAUGAAGAAAAAAAAAAAUCAUGAGUUUAAUCACUUUUUCCAUUUUGUACAAAAUCUUGUUUUUUCUCCCAAAAAACAUAAUAGCGUGAGGAGUUCGCAUUAAAAUUGUUGGUUCUUAUUGAGUGUAAAAUUACGUACAAUUAUGUUUAGGUAUUUAUUUACCCAUUUUUUUUUUUUUUGUUUUUAUGUAUUUGUUUUUUUUUUUUAAUUUAUUAUUAUUUUAGUAAUAUAUUUAUAGGUUUAUUUUGUACAAAUGUUAAAAAAAAAUCCUUGUAAACAAAUUCUGUUCUAGUCAUAGAAAUUUAUAUUUAAACAAUUAUUACUAAAUAUUAUAAAAUAAUAAUUAACUACUUAUAUAAAAAAUAAUAAUAAAAAAAACAACAAAUUUAGCUUUGACUAAAUUAUUACAAUUCUAUUUGAAAUUCAAGAAAAUGUUUUAUUGUAAUUAUUUAACUUUAUAACAAAAAUAUAAUGUUUUUUUUUUUGUAUUUUAUUCGUUCAAACAAAACAUUCCUACCUAUCAUAUAUUCAAUACAUAAAAAAAGAUUUUUGGUUUUAAACUUUUACCGUAUGUUAUAGUUAAGGCUAGGUAUAUUUUCUAUGCAAAAUUCUCAUAUACUUCCACAUUAUGAUCAAUUUCACACGUUAAAAC